UGGAAAUGUUUGUCAAAGCCAAAGGGCUUCUUCGAGCUCUUUCCAUUUGAUAUUUCCAGUUCUCAUCGAGUUUAUGACUUCAGGAAAAGAUGCCUCCCACAUCAUAAAGAAUGUUAUGAAAACACCCUUGGGGCAGAUACACAAUACAAUCAAUGUUUUACGGAUAUAGUUCUCUUCUGCUUCAUAAACUGUAGUUUCCUUCCGGUUUUUUUCUCUUUAUAUACAGGGCUACUCGCGCUUGAGUCGACAGAAUUAAUUUUUUGUGAAGUGAGAAAGGUGAUCAGAGAAGUUGGAUUGGUUUUGAAGAUAGUCAAAAGAGCCAGAAGGAACAAUUAUAAAACGGUAUGUUGUUUAAAAUUAUUCAAGAUUUUUACUGAAUGUUAUAGGAUUUUUGUGGAUGAAAAAUUUGAAUCUUUAUUUAUAAUUACUUUAUCUUUAUUAAAAAGUCUAAAACGAUUUUAUUGUAUAUAUACCAAGGCACAAAAUAACGGUCAAUGACCGGCCAAAUUUGUAUAUGACUCCGGUCACAUGCAUUUUGACUCUGGGAACGCUAAAUUUUAUGUCAAUUUGUAACAAUUUUCUUGGUGUGCGAAUCUUAGACUUAGGCUUAGCGCUGUAUUGCCGCCGGCUGAAACGAUUUACUUCUUUAAAGGUCCAAUGCAUCAAUACCAGAGUAAUAGAAUAUAACAUGAUUCAUACGCGCUUUUUGUGUUGUUGUGUUUUGAUCGUCUUUGGAAGGUCUCGUGAGAGUUGACCGGUUAGAAAUCGCGUUUGACCAGUUAGAAAUCGCGUUUGACCGGUCACAAAUGUGACUCAUGAGGGGUCACCAUAACCGGCGUAUCUUGAAAUGUUGUUUUCCUGUAAAAUAACAUAGUCAUAGAUAGUUGAAAUACCGUUGUUCUCUACACUGAACAAAAUUUGUAUAGUUUUGCUUUCCACUUUCAGGGAGAAAAGUUGUGCUUUAAUCAGAAAUAUUAACGUACUUCGCUAAUAAGGAACCUUCGAAUUCAUUGUAUUUAAAGAGAAAUGGGUGAUUCGAGCUAUAGACUAAGUUUUGAUCAAGGCAAGAGGAACGAAAUCCAACACCACAGCUAGAAAGAGCGUCUUAGAAUGAGUAAAAUUGCAAUCAAGAUUAACAUUGGUUGCUAAAUGUUCGUCUAUAUAUAGCUGGAAUCAUCCGUUGAGCACAAAAGUUGACUUAAUUUUUGACCGUUUAUUCAAUACUGUUCUUGCAUGUGCUAUCAAGAUUCAAAACAAGGAUUUCAAAUGAUGAUUUCCUUUGCUCAUUAAUCAGAAUUGUGCACGAGAAAGAGAUUUUAUAUAUAGAUUAUUUGAUAAAUUAAUGACCAUCUUUAGUGAGAAGUCGACAGUAUAAAAUUCUUCGUUAAGGAUUGAACUGUAAAAUCUCAAGGAAGUUAAAAUAAUGAAUAGCUUUAUAAUCAUAAAAUUGCUCAAAAACAUCAUACAAUUUUGUUUAUUUCCAUAAGACUAUUCCAUUUGGUUUUGCCAAAGGAAAUUUGCCUGCAUGAUAUAUAAUCCUAAAGUAAACAUUUGCCUUUUUUUAUAUCGUAGUUCAGGAAACAUUAGAAACUUAUGUUUGUUCACAAGGGCGUAGUUAGGGAGACAAUUAACGAUAUAGGUAUCAAUUGUGUGAAGAUUUCAUUUCUUUAUAGCAGAGAUAAUUAACAAUAUAUUGGGGUCCAGUAUUAAGUAGUACAGAAAUUUUGGAAAAUAAUGAGAAACUGUUUUCGAUGUAAAACACCUGACGAACACGGAUAUAUAGAACAGAUACUUCUAUUGAACAAUAUAUAUGGAGACAGGCUGGCCGGAUUAACCAGGAUGAUUCAUUUAAUAAAGUUCUUACCACGACUUUAAUAAACAUCCAAAAUGAUAUUUCAAAGUUGAAUUAGCUUAGUUUGAUUCCAGUAAUACUAAUAGUAUUAAGUUCAUUCAAAACGAUCCGAUCAUGAAAAAUAUUUUCGUGACACGAUUUAUCCCGGCUAGCCGAGCUGGCCCGAAUCAUAUGAGCAGCCCCUAAAUUGUAUCUUGGCACUUUGGUGGCGCAGUUGUUAACCUAUAAAUUGAUUAUUUCUUGGUUUUACACAAUGUGGGUUCGAUUCUAGCUUCGGGCAUUUUGCAUGAAUGUAUUAUCCUACAACUGUCAUGGGUUUCCCGCGGCAAGAAACUCUGGUUUCCUUUUACAUAAAAAAAAUUGAUAUAGGGUUGGGCAGGAUGGAUGGCUUGGUAAAUAUUGCCACAUUUGGUGUGACGACGUUCCGUAUGCUGUCUCACGCUUAUACGGACAAAAUUCUAGGCGAAGUACGUAACACUGAGUUAACUAACUAGUGAGUUUAUAAGCAAGCGAUGUUUUUGUCGACAUUGACGUCACCCGAAAAUUGGUAUAACUAAUUUUGGCGACAUUUUGCCUCAUAGCGCUCGUGUAAGGAAGCAAAAAACUUUAAUAAUCUUGUGUUUUAUCGAAUGUGUUGAAGAUUACCAUGCACAAACUGACGCAAAUAUAGUUUUUAAUCCAGUCCCCCGUCGGCAGCCAGACGUCCGUGUUGACAAAACGGUCGCCGGCCACCGAAUUAUUUGCUGAAUGUCUGUUUGUAAAUUGUACUAUUCUCUUACAAUUUCGAAUUGUUUUUGUCUACCAACUCUACGUGCACACAAAAAGUUGUGUUGCUCACCCAAUUUCUUCCCCACAAGGGGAAACUAGUAUCCAUGGCUUUUAUUAGAAGGAAGACUCAUGCAAGUCACCGUUUGAACCUAUUUUUUUGGCUAGUUUUCAGAAUUCAAACUGGAUCACGCAAAAAGCGAACAAAACUGUUUUGUCUGACUUUGGCAGGAAGAACGGAUGUUGCUGCACGUAUAUGAGAAAUGCCGAUUUUCAGGCUUUUCUUUCUGAUGACGCAGAAUGUUUCAUUAAUUAUUAGCUCAAGUUUCCUACCUGCGCAAAAGAUUACGUAAUUACUUUACAUUACUAACACUGGGGGUUCUCCAGCAAUUAAUGAAUCCUUAGAAUGAGUCAAUGAAUCCUAAGAAUGAAUCAUUAUAUCCUAAGACUGAAUCGCCAAAUCCUAAGAUUAAAUAUAACUGAAUUCGAAAAGUGAAUCAUUGAAUCAUGAAAAUGAAUCAUUUGUCAUAAAAAGAAUAAUUGAAUUCCACGAAUGAGUCAUUGAAUCCUAAGAAUGAAUCGUUGAUGUCAUAAGAUUGAAUCGUAAAAUCGUUGAAUCCUAGGACUGAAUCAUUAAAUUCUAAGAAUGAAUCAUUGAAUUCUAAAAGUGAAUCAUUCACUAAAUCAUAGAAAGAAUCAUUUAUCAUUAGCAUAUUGAAUCCUACGAAUUAUGAGUCAUUGAAUCCUAAACGGAAUCAUUGAAUCCUAAGAAUGAAUCAUUAAAUCCUACGAAUGAAUCAGUGAAUCCUAAAACUGAAUCAUUCAAUUCUAAGACUAAAUUAUUGAAUCAUAAGGCUGAAACACUAAAGAUACUUUGAACUUUUAUACUGACUCAGUGAAUCCUAAGUUUCAGUCACUUCUGAAAUCGUAAAGAAUUGAAUAAUGGAAUCCUUGGAAAGAAUAAAUGAAUCUCAAUACUGAAUCAUUGGAUCCUAAUAUAUUGGGUAUAAUAAUAUAUUGAAUUAUAAUAUUGAUUCAUUGAGUCCUAUGAAUGGAUAAUUGAAUAUUAAAAAUGAAUAAUUUCAUGAAUCCUAAAGAUGAGUAUAAUUGCCGGAAUCCUAAAAAUGUAUCCUUGAAUCAUAAGAAUUAAUUAUCGAACCCUAUGAGAAUGAAUCUUAAAAUUUAAUCAGUGGCCAAAGAAACGUGUAAAAUAUACUUGAAAUUGAUGAACAUGUCAAAGCAAAACAUGGAAACAUUACCAGUAUUCUCAGUAGCAAAUGGUUUGAAAUAGAUGACGCAAUAAGGAAAUUCUCCAAGCAAUAUAUAUUGUUAUGAAAUUCGGAACUUCCUCUAAGCGUUUCAGUAAUAUAGCUUUAGUAUACACGGUGUUUUCCGUUGAGUAAGCAUUUUUUAUCGCUGAGGUCGUGAAAUCGAUCAGAGUGAAAAGAGUUGGGUUUUGGCGGAAAUCGUGGGUGAAUGUUCAUUAUGGUUCAUUAGUUACUCUACUCUCCUCCCACAAAGAAUGUUGACAGGUUGGGCUUAGAUACUCAGAAAUAUAGAUGCAUGAUGGCCACACCAAUACUAAAUGAACUUAAAUACAUAUCAUCAGUAUAUUAUAUUAUUGUCUUCGAUUACUAAGUAACUUCCCGGCUACUAACUUCCUGAUGAAAGGUCUUCGCCCUCAAGUAGUUGUAUCCAUAUCAAACCGAAGCUUUCAUAUUAUCGUCACUACCUAAACUGGCACAGACUGUUCAAGGUUAUCUGCAAUUACCGAUGAUAUUCUAGAUUUUGUUAAUUGAUGUACAAUAUCUUAAAUGACUUUCGAGUUCUGGGUGAGGGCCCUGAGGAAGAUGAGUUUAUUGACUUGCAGGUAUAUUGACUACGCUGUAAUAUUUUAACACCCUCUUUAAAAUGAAGAUUAUUGUAUUGUAUUGACCUAGUUACCAUAAACAUUUCAGGAGUUUUGUGAUUAAUAAUAACAACAAUUAUUGUAUAUAUAUAGUAUUUCAACAGGAUAUGUUUUUGACUGCAACUAAUCCUGAUCUGUAAGGUCUUGAAGCCAGAACCGUGCAGCCGACAGUUUAAGAAACAAAAACCGAAAAUAGUUUCUAGUUAAAUUCGUCUUGAAUUUACUUACUUCUGGGUACACUAAGUCACUUUGUCAAGAUUCCUUGUGGGAGGAACCAGAGUGGCCGGAAAAGCCAACCAUUUUCGGCACGUACAGCGGACUCAUUCCAGUCCUUUCACAUUAACCGAGUUCUGAGCGAGAGUCGAAACCACAAUGUCAGAGCUGAAAGGCGCAUGCUCUAACGACCGAAUCCCACAUUGAGCUUCAACAUGUAACCAACAGAGGUAAAUUUAAGUUGAUUUAAUUCAAUGAGCGCCAGCGGUCUCCCCAUUGACGAGUAAAAUCGUCUGGCGUUAGACAAAGUAAACUAAUAAAGUAGGGCGCAUUGGCUCGCAAUGCAACUUAAUUGGCCGUCGGUGAGACAGAAUUUUUUUCUGAGCUUUAUCAAUCAUUAAAAAAUUCAUUAAUAAUUCACGAAGAAAAUACCAAAGAAAUGAAUGUUUAAUCAAUGUUUGUAAAUAGGAUAAAGAUUUGUCCUGAUUUACAUAAACUUCAGCUUUGAUUUUCUCGGCUUAGACAAUGUUUAUUUUUAAAAUUACUUCGCCAAUGAACUCAUAAGAUGGGUCAUUUUUUAAGUACGAUAAAACAUUCGCAUCCGAUCUGUAUCUGAUAUACAAAUACAGAUCGGCUGCUCAUGUUUUAUCUAGUACAUAUUGUACAAUUUACAAGCUGUUGGUACUGUACAGUGUACACGCAACACUACACUGUGAAUUUCGAGUUCACCAUGCAAAAGUGUUAUUCUAUCAUCAUCGUUUUUGGUGACAGAAUAACAUGCACUUUUGGAGUUGUUUUCUUUAAAGCUUUGCAUGGCGUUCAUAGUAAAAAUACAUUGUUAAACACAUGGUGUGUCCACAAAUUGUUCCUUAUUUUUACCUUUGGAGUUGAUUCCACCAUUAAAAUUUACAGUGUAUAAUGCUCAAACAUAUGUCAAGGCAAUAUUUGAAAUUUCCUGAAAAAAUCAAAUAACUGUAAACACAAAACAAUAAGCUGCCAUGGUUUGUGUCUGAAUUACACGAGAAAAAUUUUAAUUCAAUGGACCAUUUGCAUUAUAGACUAAAUUUUGAUCUAGACAAAAAUUUCAUCACAGCUUGAAAGAGCAUCACAAAAUUAGUAAUAUUCCCAAUUAGUAAUACAGCCCAAUCGGGUGGGGCAUCAAUUUCCCGUUUGUAAUACAAAAUGACUGAAAAUUGCAAAUUUCGCAAGGCUAUAUUAUCCGCAUUUUACAACAUUUCGCAACGAAACUUUGGAAUAUUACUAAUUUUGUGAUGCUCUUUCAAGCUGUGAUGAAAUUUUUGUCUAGAUCAAAAUUUAGUCUAUAAUGCAUAUGGUCCAUUGAAGCUUUCGAUCGAGCGAAAGGUCUUCCUUCGUCAUAUGAUUGGUCGCAAAGUAGAGCGGACCCCCAGGUUUGAGAUAUCAUUAGGAAAACAUACCUCAGAUAAAUAUUUUCCACUUACAGGCACUCAACUUUCACGAGCUUCCAGCAACUACGUCCGUGGCAUGAAAAACAAUCUCUAAGGAAUUCUCUAUCUUCUCGACUCUAUCUUAAGUGUACCACAGCUGUAAGCCAGUAUUAUCACGCGAAUGUAUUGAGAUAAGAGGCAUUAGAAUAUAAACACCUCCGAAAAAUAGUUUUAGGUUGCAUUUUUUUGUUGUUUCACAAAGCCGUAACAAAGAAGAGAUAACGUCAUUUGUGGAACAAUUUAAAAUAUUUGAGCAAAAUUUUCAAACCACGAUGGCGUCCAUUGAAAGCUCGGUCAUUAACGAGUUACAAUCCUUCGUUAAUUAUGAAAGAUAUGCAGGCCUUUUACAUACUAACAUUUUAGUUAUUAUCAAUCGAUCGAUCAAUUGAUUGAAUGAUAGAAUAAUAAGAUAAUAAUAAUAAUGAUAAGAAUAUUGUUAUACAACCUGGUGUCGUCAACUUUGUAACGUUGUUAUAUCAUGAGUGUAUCAGAUUUGUUAGAACAACCUUGUGACAAGUCUGAUAAUGCCAUCAAGCUUGUUACAAGUUGUUAAAAAUAGUUUUAGGUUGCAUUUUUUUGUUAUUUCACAAAGCCAUAACAAAGAGGAGAUCACGUCAUUUGUGGAACUAUGUAAAAUAUUUGAGUGCAGCUGUACUAGAAGUAGUAAUAUAAAACCUUUGGCCAAAUGAGCUACCCGAGGUGAUUAUUUUCAAAACAAUAUCUUUACUUUACCGAUAGCUUUUCGUGCAGCACUAGCAGUGGUAAUCUAAAACAUUUGGCCAAGUGAGCUACACCUGAGGUGAUUGCUCAUAUUGAUACCAGUUCUUCUGAACUGACGUGACUACCCUGACGAAAUAAAGUUGAUUUGAUUUGAUUUGAUUUGAUUGUAUUCAAAACAUUAUCUUUACUUUACCGAUAGCUUUUCGCUCUUAAGGUAUACAAUAAAAUCACUGGGGUUAGAGAACUCGGUUGGGUGGUCACGAUUUAGCCAUUAAAUGGUUGGGUAAACUGAUAGUUUGGAUUGCUUUUCUACAGUCGAGUAAAAACGCAUCUUUAGUAUUCUAAAGCCUGGUUUACACUAUGAAAGUUUCUGUGAUCACAGUAGGAAUUUUGCAUCGGUAACUUCAAAGUUUUGAAGGAUUUGUAAAAAAUGUUUGAGAGAAAUGACUCAGUAUUAAAUGUGUUAUAUUUUCCAAACAAAACUAAAGUAUUCCACUACGUAUAGUCUACAUUUUUGCCACCUGCAUGAUAAAAUCACCAGACCAAUCGCUCUUCAAUAACUUGCGUUUAGUUCCAUGUUUUUGUUUCAAGUACUGUUUAAAUUUCAGGUGGUACUUUUUAUAAGAUUUUUCAGGCUUUGUAAGGGACUGUUCAUGAGCUGGGCCAGCCCCGCUAGCCAGGAUAAAUCGUGUCACGAAUUUUUUUCCUAACCAUAAAAGAUCGUUUCAAUAAUGAACUUUAUACUGUUACUGAAAACAAACUGAGCUAUAAUUCAAGAAUCAAGUAUUCAACUUUUGAACUGAUGUCAUUUUGGAUGUUGAUUAAACGAAUCAUUCCGCCGUAUUCCUGUAUAAGAUUAAGCUGGAUCCAACCAAAAUUUCUGAAUGGUGCCCCGGCCCUCACCCCAAAACAAAGUUACUUCCAUUUUGUAUAUUUGAGCCAAAGGCGAAGCAUACAUUACAAAACUUUAUUUGCCUCUUGAAAGAGCUUAUCGUUAUUUUGAACAACACUUAAGUGGCAAUAGUCGGUAAAAUCAUAUAUAGAACGUGGUUAUAACGCCGUGAAAAUCAUGUGAAUAACAUAUAGCAGUACGAACAACUACGUCGUACUAGAAUGCUCAAGGGAACUAUAAUUUAUUAGGCAUGUAUGUCUUCAUUGAUGUUGCUGUUGUAAGUUUCCAAACUCACUAAAUAAAGUUCCUCGGAAAUCCUUUUCAAUUGUUAAGCCUUUGCAAUUAUCAAAGUUUCUCCCGACCACAUGCAGUAGGAAUUUUGCAUAGGUAGAUUCUAUAGCGACAUGCGAAUGUAGUGACAUGCGAAUCCUACGCAAUGCUAAGAUAAGAGAUAAUUAAGAUAAGGUAUAUAACAGAAGAGGGAUAAGAUUUAAUAGAAAUAUGAAAUUAUAGAUUGGAUGGGACAAACUAUAAUAGUUCUAUAAUAAUAUAAUAAUUACGAUAAUAAUGUUAUUGUAAUAAUAUAGUUUGUUUAAUCACGACCCACGCUAACCCACGACUUGAAUUGGGCAGGGUGUUAAACAUCCCAUUUCUCAUGAUUGUCUUAGACUCUGUGUGGGAAUCAAUCCCAUUAUCCUUGAGGUGAAAAAUGGUCAAAAUUCUUAUUUGGGGUUGGGACUGUUGUGACCGGAAAAUUUGGAUCAAUCAAGAGUAAGUCCAUUUUGUGAAGAUACUUGAUAAAAACUUGGCCGAGAUUUUUCCAUUGACACAAAGCAAGGAUUUCUGCUCUGACGUGAGUCUGUCCAUAAAAGGCGCUCGAAGUGCAUGCAAGAAUUUGCACGAGUUUGAAGAGUUAUUUUAAUAACAGCUUGUAUAUUUACCACAGUUUCCUUUCACUCGUCACGCAUAUAACUCCCACCAGAAUGUUUUGUAUAAGUUUUUGGAUCAGAAUAAGUGGGUGACACUUUGAGGGCGAAGGAAGGCGACCUCUCCCACCCCCAAUAUUUCCUUUACGCCUUUGAAAGAUACGUGAUUUACUCAGACGUAACAAAGUUGUAACAGUGUUCGUCAACCACAAAAUUCUGAUAUCCUUUUAAGCAAAUUGAGAUUUAAUUUUUUUACCAAAAGGUUUGGGGACUAUAAUUUGCUGCCCCAAAGUGUGGGGAUAUGUUGACAAUCUUAAUUCCAUCCAAGGUGACCGUCAUUGUUCGAAAAUAACCGGAACUAUUACUUGUAUUAGCUGUGAAAAAUAUAUUCUCAUAGUUAUAUACAAAGCAAUGCAUCGUCCGGUAUGCCAAAUUUUGCUAUUGUCUUUAUAAUUGUUAGGCGUUUUAGGCGUUUCAUAGUAAAAAUACAUUGUUAAAUACAUGGUGUAACCACAAUUUAUUCCUUAUUUUUACUUUUCGAGUUGAUCCUUGAAAUUUACAGUGUAUAAUACUGAAACAUAUGUCAAGGCAAUAUUUGAAAUUUCCUGAAACUACCCAUAAGGCAUAACUGUAAACACGAAACAAUAAGCUGCCAUGGUUUGUGUGUGAACUACAUGAGAAAAAUUUUAAUUCAAUUGAACCUUUCGGUCGAGCGAAAGUUUUUUCCUUUGUCAUAUGACUGGUCGCAAACUAGAGCGGACUCCCAGUUAAUUGUUAGGCAUUUUAUGCGUGUCUAUGAAUUAAACGUAUAUGUAUACAUUGAAAACGUUGUCGAUAAAUUUCUAUUAUAAUUAUUCACAUCGUCCAUACAAGUUCAUUGAGGAUGUUUAAACUUUUACUUCCGCAUUUAAAUAAGCACUGAGACUACGUCAACGAUAAGAUUAAAUUUGGCUGCACGAAACACAUGCAUAAUGCCGCAACCUAUAUUGAUGAAGGAUUGGUGUAUAUUCAGAGUUUUUUCUCGUGAGAACAACAUGCAUGCAGACAGUAUAUACUUCCCUUGUACAAAUCUAGCCCACAGUUUUAAGUUACAGACGUAUUUCCUUUACGUAUAUAGGAACGUAUUUUUGGUUAAUGUUACCGCCCGAUUGUCUCGACGAAAUAUUGUGCGAUACUAAAUUUUACAUUAACAUAAGAAAGCCCUAUAGUGUUGUAGUAAUAUUAUGACAUUUGAGGGUCUGAUAUCCAGCCUAGUUACACGCCUAAAAAUCUCACAACUUGGUAAAUUAACAAGAUAUGUUCGCACUGCUUUUAACAAGUCUGGAACAAGUUGUUAUCUUGUUACAAGGUUGAUGAGGCCAACAGACUCGCAACAAGUUGUUCCUAUUUCUAGAAUAAGUGUUUAAUAAAGAACAUGCUUAUGUAUUAUACAACACAAUACAACACAACACAACACAACACAACACAACACAACACAACACAACAACACAAUACAUAUAUUUCGCCCUUUUUUACAAAAAAAUAUAAAAUAACAAUCUGAAUACAAUAUAGUUAAAUGUAUAAGUAUUCAUAUAAAAUAAUUAUUGUUGCUUAUUAGAGUGUUGAAUAACAAAUAGUUGACAUUUUAUUUAAUGAAUAUAUGGGCAUGGCAACUAAAUUAACCGCGAUGUUCUCUAUAACCAGACAAAGAUUACUGGAAUCCUCAGCCAAUGGUAUUUCCUCUAUUCCCGAUAAGACAAGUCACCUUUCCAAUACGGGUAACGCAUAAGUCUCAAAUCUUGUUACACAAGGAACAAAGUGGCGGGAACGGAUAUACUGAUGACGUAUUGUAAUACCAUAGACAAACCUUACAAUAGUCUUGGCCACAGAACAACUUUGUAAAAAAAUCUGGCACAUGUACAGAGUCUUAAACACCUUAAUUUCCUUCUUGCUGUCAAUCAACUAACCUACGUUCAAAGGAAUGAACUCAAGUGAACACUUGAAAACUUGUUAAAUGGUUUGUAAAAACAAUCACUCAAUUCAAAGGAGAUAAGCACAAAGAACAGACUUUGGAAUCAAAACUAUAUCGUGCCACGUUUCGCAUAAAAACCUCUUUUGAACACAUACAAGUGCUUACACUUUUUAUACGGAAUGUCCGCAAGCAUUAAUCUGCACGAACACAAUUGGAUUACCUCCAACAUUUCUACAAAAUUGUGACCUUUUAGAAACGUAAAAGGGCUAAGAGGCAUAACGGAAAUCUCAACUCCCUUGCAUGUAUAAGAAUUUUGUAAGUAUAUGAAAUAUGCCGUAAUAGGCAAACAGUUAGUUAUAUAUUUUCAAAAAAUUGAUAAUUUUUCCUUGACAAGUUUCUUUGUGUCUGAAAGUUAGACAUUCCAGCUUUAAUUGAACAAGGAAAACUUAUAUUCGACUUUGUGUAUACGACUAUCAAGAAAAUUGAACUUCCUCGCCUAUCAGUGGCCACUGGACUAAAUUUAAAUAACUAGACGUGUCAAGAAAAUUUGUAAUUCUUUUGUGGUACACUGACGGGCAAAAAAACUCGUUGUAAAGCAAACUUGUUCGUUCUGUACGGGGUUUAAUGGUUGCCGUCAGAACGUUAUAGGGUAUAGGCAUUAUCUUGGGGAAAAUGCAUUUGAACUAUUAUAGCCAUUAACACUGCCGACUUAAAUAGUUUGUAAUUCUUAAAAAUUACGUUCAUAACUUCACACAUAGACACGCGCAAGUUGUUACAGACCUGCAAACAAGGUUACUGUCAAGCUGACUUUCACGGAAUUAAAGAAUUCGUGUGUUGUAUGCAUUUAUUGGACUUAUUUAGUUGACAAUUUCUACUGUCGACAUUCACUCCCAUGUAUGGUGCCUUGAUUAUGCUAUGACUUGCAGUUUUUGCUACUGUGCUAUUGUUUACAUCACAAUCCUAUUCAACAAAUAAUUCACAAGAAUAAAACGAGUUAACCUUGCAUGACAUAGCUGCCCACGUUGCACGACAUAGCAGCCAUGCUGCCCAAACAAUGCGGGGGAAGCAUGGCCACGGGGGCAGCACGUUGCCUUCUUUACAAGAACUGCACUUUGAAAAUCGUGUACGUUAUUCAUAUGAAUUGAAAUUGAGAACUGUUUUGAAGCGAUCAAGCUCAAAUUUGAAUCUGAAUUUCCUCUCACAAACGUUACCAAGGUUUCAACGUCAAAAAGAAUAAAGCCUUUUAUUUAUAAUAAUUGAUAAGCUGUCAUGUUUCAUAUGCAAUGCAUUUUAGUCUUUAGCGUCGUCAUACAACGAAUAAAAUUGUUCCAAUCAAUGCCGAAAUUUGUCCAAAUAUAUUGGCUCAAAAUUAGUUAUUCGUGUAAGGAACAUAUAAUAGUUUGAGGUAAUUAAAAGUAGGUAAAAGUAGGUUAAAACAGGCAGAUAAUGUUAAAACUAAGGUUAGGUUAUAGGACCUUAUAGAGUCAGGGUUAUGACUAACUUUUAUGAUCACACCAUACAGUGUGACCAGAUUUUUUCAGCAGUCAUUACCAAAAUGUUCUUCAAAUUUUACUUUAGUCUUUAGCAUCAUACAACGAAUAAAAUUGUUCCAAUCAAUGCCGAAAUUUGUCCAAAUAUAUUGGCUCAAAAUUAGUUAUUACUUCAUGUAAGGAACACAUAAUAGUUUGAGGUAAUUAAAAGUAAGUUAAAACAGUCAGAUGGUGUUAAAACUAGGGUUAGGUUAUAGAGUCAGGGUUAUGACUAACUUUUAUGAUCACGCAACCUUAUAAUUUGCUCCAACUGUUUUGUUGGUCUUACAUGAAGUACUUACCCGAAAUUUUAACGAACAUUGCUGCCCAAAAAAUUAUGGCUCAGAAGUAAGUGCCCUUUUUAAAAAAAUAAAUGAAAUAGAUCGGCUGCUGAAGUGACUUACCUCCCAUGCAGUAAUUUGGAAAAUAACCCAUUGUAUAUUUCAGUGAGUAUGCCCACAUGAACGACCUCCGCAAUGGAUAUUAUAAGACCCAUUCAAUAUACUGCAGAUAUUUUAUUAUAAUUGAUUCUCAAUCUACUAGGGUUUCUAAAUUUUCUUAGAAUAAUCCCUGUAACGGGUGCAAUGAAUGACGAAAUAACCAAUUUAUGACAAACAAAAUGAAACAAAAUCAUCAUAAAUGAAAAUAUCCCAAACAUGCGAUGAAUGAUAUGGAAAUAUUUUAAGGGAAUUAAAAAUAAUUACUGUCAAAUUAUCAGUAACAAUUUUACCCCCCGAAAGUAUUUUGUUUCUGCUCGAUAUAGAUCAGGCAUUGUCACUAGCUCUUGGAGUUAUAUUUUCGAUAUUGACUUAAUUAAAUCUUUAUUUAUGUAAUUUGGUCGAUGAAAAUUCUCUAUAACUUUAUCGUAAGAGAUAAAUAUCGAGUUGUGUUUUUUCUCGAAAGCUCUUACCUAAUUGAAAACAUAAUGUAUUAAAAAAAGCAAAAUCAAAAUAUGACAACAACCCAGCAAGAGUUAGAGAAAAAUACUAAAUUCUGAUUGGCUAACACUAAAAUGGGGGAGCUUGGGGAAUGGUAACGAAUUUGUACAAAAUAAUUCAAGAUGGCGGUUGUAUAUAUAAACAUGCAAUGUCAUACUAGCCUAAAUUUUUGCAUUGCUUUUAUUCGGGAUCUGAGGGCAAACCUUAUCUAAGCAUAUUGCUAGUCAAGCGAAUCCCACAUUUAAUUUAGUCAUCCAUUCAUUGCAUAAACGUUCGACAAGCCAAUUUAAGGAUAAUUGGAAAACUUCUUUUGUCUUCCAUUACUGGGGGUAUAGCCAUAUAACGUUUUAACACUGUUUAAUUGUUAGCGCUGUAUUCCAACGCGGAAAGGUUUGUGUGUGAUGUAAUGUAAAUUUGUUGAGCUUUAUAAAGUACUCAAGUCCGGCUAAAACGUGCUGAAAUAUCUAAUUACAUAUAAGAUAAAUUACGUACAAUAACAUAUGAAAAACGUUUAAAUCGGAAAGGCAGCCUGUAUAGUAUAUUGUAUCCCAGGCGGCCGGCAUAUGAAUUAUAUGACUACAUACAUUGGUAUGUGUAUACUGUUAUAUUCCUUCCAUGAAACAUGUUCUUUAUAGUCAUAUACUGGCUAGCUAAAGCUCUUUUUUAAUGAUGUUUUGGUUUUGUUCGUGAAUGAAACUUUGAAACGUGAUGUUACCACAAACAUGCAAUUGUUUGUCCCUCAAACCAUUUAAAGAGAAUUAAAGAUAUUUUUAGUAACAUUGUCCUGUUCAGCCGUUAUAUUUAGGUCUGAGACUAUGAGAGGAAAUUGGACCCAAUUGCCAUUCCACUUCAAAACAAAUUAAUUCUCUCUAGAGUUCCUUAAUUAAAUCAUCUAGGAAAGAAAGAAUUAUUUGGCUAUUUCAAGUUAGGAAUUAAACCCCCCUGCGUGGCUACAAGAAGUUCAGUUUGCUAUUUUAAGAUGUCAAGUGUAUAAAUAAGUUUAAACUUUUAGCCUUCAGUGUAUUUCAUGAAAUUUCUUUGAACGAAGCAAAACUGAGGAACAGUUCUAUCGUAAAAAGAGUUGGUUUAGCAGUCCCAGUUAAGGUAAAUACUUUCUACGGUUUUUUGAGGAACAAUACAGCACAGAGUAACGGUUUCUUGUUUUCAUGUGGUUUCAUGACAGUCUUACUUUGUCUUUGAUGAAAUGUAUGUUGAUUUCAUAUUGCUGAAAAGUAGUUGAACCCUAAUUUAGCAGCGCUGAAGCUCAUUGUGACCUACAAGUACCGAGUUGACGUAGAGCAACAUUCGUAUUAUGUACUUGGACUAAUGAGGAUCAAGCAUAGACUGAUGCAUUUUUCAGGUUAAUGCACGUAGAUGUAUGCUAAUCAUUUCCUUGAGUUCUGCAAGGCCGAAGGCAGCUUACUGACUCGCUGGAACGCUUCUGUGUGCCAACAUGCAAACGAUCCUUGUCCUGUGAGGAGCACAGCUUAGGUGUAACUGGUAGACUGGUAGUAUUUACAAGUUAAUGUAAUAAUCAAGAUGGCGCCCCUUUGGUUAUUUUCACAUUAGCAAAUUUAAGCCUGCAUCGAAUACUUGUUCGUGAAGAAGGCAUGUUUUGUUUGUAAACUUUGACGUGCUGCCAAAACUCUGCAUAACUGCAUAAUCUUGUUGGAAGAACGUCAAUGAAAAACCACUUUCGGAUAUUAGAGUGUUGUGGCAAAUAAAAAAUUGUCUACAUGGCAACUGGGUUUUUUUUAAACGACUCACUCCAAAUCUAUGUCUUUUGUCUUUGAAAAUCAUUAAUAUAUACGUAUUAAUUUAAUCAUGAUUUAUGAUUAUAUGCCAUAAAUCUCUUUCACAAUAUCGUUAAAGUGUGACCAUAUAUGUCUUGUAAAACAGCCGUAUGUUUAUAUCUGUAACACCAUGCACAGUUUUUAAUUAUCAUGUCACUGUCUACAAAUCUAUGUAAUUGUCUUUGAAAACUGGUUAAUACUCAUUAGACAUUUAAAUAAUUCAUGGUAAUCGUCCUGUCAAUUCCCUGCUGUAGCUUUACAUAUCUGACAAAUUCAGCAGCCGUUUCUUUUUUAAUUAUAGUUGUGUAUAUAAAUAUAUAUAAUUGUCUUCAAAGAUCGACUCAUUAAUAAUUCUAUCCUAUAAUUUGCUCUUGGCUGCAUGCUCAAUAUAAUUAACGGUGAAUUAACGUUUAGUAAAUACACCUUGUGACACAACAUUAGUCAAAAGUAUUCUUUAUUUGUAUAUGUAUAUAUACACUCAUCCUCGUAUACUUGAAAGCCAUUUUUGAUACCCUAAUUCUAGCCUGCGUAGUGGCUCUCAGAAUACAAGGGCCUUGUAUUUUGAAAGCCGCUACACAGGUUGAUGCCCUUCGAUAACCGACCAUUAAUAAGUUAAUGCAAAUAGCUGCACUGUUUGUGUUUUAAAUCAGGUCAAAAAAGAUGGCACCACAAACAUUGAUUGUAUCAGCAGUUGCCAACAACACAAUGAAUUCUAAAUUGAUAUUUAUGUACUGAUAAUUGUCUUAACUGUCCUUCAUUACAAUCCAUUGUUUCACAGUGGAUUAACAGUCUUAAAUUUAAUCUCUUGAUAAUUCAAUUGUUAGUGGAAGUCACCGUUUAAAAUAACACCACCGUUAUAAAUAACACCAUUUGUUUUUGUGUAGCUGUACUGAUGAGAAAGUGUUGACAAUUUCUCGGAACUACGCCAUGAUUUUGAGUUGUAACAAAUUAAUUUUAAUCCUGCCUCUAAUUAUAUAUAUAGUGUCUAGUCCAUACAUGGGGUUAUGGUUUGGGUGCUUUUAAACUGUACUCAUAUGCGAAUAGGUUAAAUUGUAUCAAGACCUGUUUACACUUGCAAUCUUUGCUGCGAUUUAUGUUGCGAUUUUCUUCUUCUGGUGGAUCUGAACGAGUGGAUAAGUUAUAAAUGUUCAGAUGAGGUUACAUCAUUGAAAUGAAUAUAACGGGUUACAUGCACUCAGAGCAUUUAUAAUAACUCAUCCACUCGUUCACAUCCAUGAGAAGACGAAAUCGCACUAGAAAUCGCAGCGAACCACCGACCUCCCAAAUUUCGAAAUAAUCAGAUUAUCUGGUGUAAGACACACUUAAAGUUACAUCUAAAGUUACCAAACACCUUUGUGGACCUGUGGAAGAAACAGUGUCGAACUGACAGACCUAUCCAACAGUACUACCGUAUAGUUCAGUACAAAAAUUCAUACAAAACACUUAAAGGCUUUCUCGUUUCCAGGACUUUUUCAGAUAUCCGCGAGGAUCUUGUUUGCGUCGCGAAGGCAUCUUUGUGAUAUGAGUUAUAAACAAAACCAAUUCCAUUUUCCGGCUGUGACAUAUAAAAGGAAAUUCUCACGUGAAAUGAGAGCUAUAAAGAUCGGUUUCCCAAAUAAUUAAUUACCGUUUCCCAAAGGCAAUUUCCUUUUCGUUUCAUGACAGUUGACAGAGAUUUUGUACGACCCACUUGGAGUAAUUACGUUUAAUUUUACCAACUUUGAGUAUUAAAGACUUUUACAUUGUAAAAAUAGAUCGUAUUUCACAGUUUUAUUUGUAUAUUCAGCAAUAUUGAUUAGUUUAUAAAAGAGGUAUAGGGCUUUGAACGUUUCUAGAUUAGAGACAACUAUAAGCAGCAGUGGUUUGUUUCUGAACUUAAAUCAUUUUCAAAAGUUGUUUGGAAUGGGACACUUUCGGUUUUAGAUCAUCAGUGGAUAUAUGCAUAUUAUUACAAACACUGAUGUAUAUCUCCCUCCCCCUCCCCAUUCAAUGUUGUUACGUACCCGAUCAUACACCUAACUAAGAUGCUAACCGAGACCUAACAUUAAAAAGGGGGCGGGGGAGAUCGACGUUUGUCAAAAUAAUACGUAGUUGGGUCAUCUGUUCCAACACGUUUGAAAAUGAUUAUACUUUGAAAAAUAUGAGAAACAAUUUAACGUUUCGAGCGAAGGCCCUUCGUCACCGUGGAGGGAAAACGGUUAGUACGUUACUAGCAUCCCUCGCUACUAACGUCUUAGGGCAGUUAUAUGGAAAGGUAGUUUGAGGUAAAUUUUAGAACUGUUAUAAGUGCGAAAGUUAAACAAUCAACUGCUGGAAGGCCUCUUCUCCAGGUGCCCUCAUUCAACAAAUUGCUGGGGGAGUUUGGCACGAUCUGGGAUUUGACUUUCUUUUUCUCUAUAACAGGCAUUUGUGGCAUGUGGAUUAAAGAACUCUUAUAGGAAAAAAUCGAGACCGACUUUGAUACGAUCUCAAAGAAAACUGGGACUUUUGUGAUUUUCGAACACUGGGAGAGUGUCAAACACACCUCUCUUUCUAAUUUGCGCCCAUACUCUUCUCUCGAAAGACGCUUGCACUAACGACCAUGUUGAAACACGUGCACUAACCAUCGGUUCAGUCACGUGUACUGAUCACUUUCAAUCACUAUUCCUACAUUCACCAUGAUUUAUUCGUGCCUUAAUUAGCUUCUUGUUCUCUAAUACGCAUCGUUCUGCUUCUACGUAAGUAUAAAAUAUCUUUGAUGCGGUCUUAUAGUUAGAUAUUUCUUUGCUGCGACGUAUAACAGCUGCUCUCAGCAUGCUUGAACCCAUUAACACCCAAUAAUUUAACUCGUGCAUUAAUUCCUUAUAUUGACGAGUAAAAAAUUGUCUGGCGUUGGACGGAGUAAAAUGAUAAAGUAUAAGGUUCAAUUGGCAGCACACGUCGUUGUGUAUGGAAAACAUGAGAGUUGCAAGUUUUGAUGAGUGCACAACUCUUCUUCUCGUUUGACAUAGUCGGACACAUCAGGACACUUCUCUCUUCCGCAGACGCUUUUGAAGGAUUAAUUUAGAAAGAAUUUCGUAAUUAAUUAUGCUAGAUGGUAUGAAAAGAGGAAUGUAACCGCAAAAAUUCAUUCCUCUUUUCGUACCUUGUAGCGUAAUUACGGAAUUCUUUCUAAAUUAAUCCUUCAAAAGCCUCUGCGGAGGAGAAAAUCAGGGUGUGGAAAAUCGUACGUUUGCUUCGUAAUUAACAAUCUCUUGGAUUGAUAUUACAAGUCACGAACAAGUAAUUCUUAAUUGAUGUUAAAAAUAAUCAGAUUCUUAGAACUGUGUUAAGCAGCCUUUAUUUGGUAAACGGUAAAAACAUGUUUCCGCACAUUUACGAAUAUAUAUUGAACCAUAUAAUAACAGGAUAUUGAUCGGAUCCUUAUAUUCUGUCGUCCCCUUAAUUAAUUGCCAUGAAUUGACAUAACACAUUUGAUUAAUUAUAUACUGGAAUUUAUUUUCAAAAUCGAAAUAAUGUGAAUCCUAGUUGGAAAUAGUUUAAAAUUGAUAGAGUUAAUAGUAUAUUUGGUGAGUAAUCUUGAACAGCCUGUAUAGGUAUAGUGACAAUAAUAACUAAUAAGAAAGCUUCGGAUCGAUAGGGACACUGAGAAGAAGUUCUCAUUCUCCUUGUAUUUUUCAGGUAGUUCCAUGCCUAUCAAUCCGAAACUUUCUUACAUUUGGGAGUAUCCUAAUUUAGAUCACAAAUUCGGCUUCGCCUCAGGCUUGAACUUGAACGUUCGACCUAUAUGUUGAAUUUAGCUCAAAUUUUUUUAAUUUAAAAUCGAUCUUAUCAUCCCACGCUGAACGUUAAACAUCAGAAAUGAAAGAUUUCUUUAAGACUUGUCGCUUAGACCAUUGUCAAAAAAUUAACACCGAUUGCUUUUCUCUUUACGUUAAAUGUGUUUGACGUGCUUUAAUUGCAUUUAAUUAUACGAAAAUGAGCUGAAAUUCUGAAAGAAAGGUGAAAAUUGGAAUGAAAAUUGUGUGAACCGGCAUGGUAGAACAAAAAUAGGCCAACACAGAAGUCUUUUAGAGUAAAGAAAUUACCAAACAUGGCAGUGUUUAAUCUUAGUUUAAAUUGUAUAUUAUUUUUCCUGUUUGAGACGCUGUAGACUAAGCAAAUACGCAGAGAUCUUAAGGCCCUGUCACACUAUUGCGUAUGAGAGAAACGUAUGAGAAGCGUAUGAAAAUUAAUGAAAUAAUUUUCAUACGCACAAAAAUCCUUUGAAAUGCCAGCGUAUGAGUACCGUACAUCUGGCGUACCUCUAACGUAUUCAGCAUGUGCCUAGAGUAUGCUUAUCGUAUAAAGCAUAUACGUCCGAUACGCACAAAAUUUUUGAACAUGCUUAAAAAAAAUUUUCUGCCUCGCCGUAUGCCAGCGUAUGCCUCCGUACGCGACCGUUCUUGAAACGUAUACAACCUAUGCCUAACGUACCCCUAGCGUAGGUCAGCGUAUACCGGCGUAUGAGUGAUAUUUUUCAUACGCUGGCAUACGCUAGUACGAUACGCAAUAGUGUGACAGGGUCUUUAAGAAUAAAGCCUGAAUUCCAUUUGGUCCUAACUGUAUACUGUCCUGACCAGGUCGUUGCAAAUCCUUGACACCGCGUCACCGCGCGCAGCUGUUUAGUGAGUAUAGGGAUAAAGUGAAUGUAUACAAUCAUACAGAGUCUGCAGUCACUCGGAGAUGUUGCUUUGAAAAUAUUUUUACAGUAAAAAUGAGACAUAUACAGUAUAUAUUACAGUCUGUCUUUUGCAAUGUGAAAGUCAACACCGAUCUUGAUUUUGGUUAGUUAUCUGUUUCGGUCAGUGCAUGUAUAGAUGACAACUUUUACAACGGCGGCACUUCUCCAAGCGACAGUAACUCCUAGUUUUAAUACCAAUAUAUAUAUUUGUUAUUAUAUAUAUCUAAACAUAAAAACCGGCAUCUUGCGAUGUUACAUGGUAUUGUGCCAAUGCCAUCAUAGCAUUAAACUGCAUCGGUCAAAUGGUGAAUGACGUAAUAAUGCAAUUGGACAGUUAAUGGCGGGAAAUACCUGACCCCAUGAUUGGCAGCUUAAAUUGCUAUAAAUAUGGGAUUAAGCGUAUUAUUUGUAUUUCGCACUUGGCAUUCGUGCUAAAUACAAGUGGUGUAUUUUGUCAUUAGAUGUUGUCGUAAGUGCUAUUGUAUCAGUUACUUAUCUUGCUGUAUUCUUCGUACACAGAUCUUGUCACAACCUUGGAUUUCAAUAUUUGGAUUGCUAUCAGGAUUUUUAAGGAGCAUCGUUUGGUUACGUUCAGAGGUAGGGUUCUCGUAGGGUAUAGUAUCAUCCAUAAAUAUAACGUGAUGAUUGAUGACUGAGUAUGUGAGUAGUUCGACGUUUAACGGUAUAGUGAUACAAUUGGGGAAGCGCAAACGCAUUUAACGCAUAUGUUUAACAUAAGUCAGUUUCCUCAAACAUUUCUUACAAACCUUCAAAACUUAGAAUUGACCUAUGCAAAAUUCCUACUGUGAUCACAGAAACUUUGAUAGUGUAAACCCGGCAGGCUUUACAUUGGUAUGACUAUGUCUAUGACCAUUUUGUAUACGUGAAGUAUAGUCCUAUUGUCUUUCAUGAAUCGCAAAGGUAAAUAACAUUUUGAAAGAACCCACUAACAUCCGCAUGUAAAUUGGUUGACUAUAUCAACGGAACACAAUUGAACUAAAGUCUAAAGAAUAAAUUUUCUAAAGAGCUCAUCAUAAACACUUAUCAAUUUUGGCUUAAUAUCAAUCACAAUACAUGUUAACAAUGAAAUUUUGAAAUGCCACAUAAAAAAUUGUCGAUUAAUUAUAGGAUUUCCAUAUAAAUUGUUCAAUCAACGUUUGAUUCGGCCACGUUGGUCCAUGACCAUGUCAACUGAAUAUGCUAUAUACGCAAUUUCUGAAUAAUUUGAAGCUGUGUGUGUCCUUCAAUAUACUUGGAGUUUACCCAGGCAAAAUUCCUACUGUGAUUACAGAAACUUUGAUAGUGUAAACUGUAAACCAGUCCUUAUAUAAUUAUUACAUGUUUUCAUAAGUACAUUUUUGCGCAUAACUGCAUAAAUUAAUACUGUAUACAGGUGUGCCACGAUAAAUAGCAAGUAUUGUAUAGCUACAUGCAUAUAUAACAUGUUUCAUGCAUGCAACCUUGCACGCAACACCAUACCUCUUCGCUGUAAAACUAUUUUUAGCAUUGUUUGUUUUUCACAUUCCUUCUGUUUCAAACAUGUUACGAAAAUUAAUUAUUUAAGAUAAUAUUUUCUUAACGCCCUAAGGUAAAUUUUGAAGCUAUAUGUAUAUUCUACAAGUGUUAUGUAUUUUAUCGCGAAGUGGCGUACUUUAUAGGUACUAUUAUGCACUUUACACUUCACUAAUGGAUUAAAUUCGUAUAUUGGGCCGUGUAGGUUUUUUGAAUGCUCUUCAAAAACCCCCUCCCUCGAAUGUACAUGCAAUGAUGAACACCGGUAUAGCAUUUUGGAUUACCUGCUAUAACACUGUUGUUACUAUGGCAAAUUGCAAACUAUAUAUAUAUGCAUCAUAAACCAAACACUUAAUCUUGGCAGAGAUAGGGUCAAAACUCAAAAGCCUUCUUGCUUUUUUGCAGUAAAAGCUAUAUAGUAUUCUUUUUAGCGUGCGAUAAAAAUUCAUUUACACUAAAAGCUUGUACUCGAGUUUUAAGUGUGUUAUUAGCAGAACAAUGAAAGGUUAAGAUUUUAAAUUUUACCACUCGUGAGCUCCCUGGGAGAGCUUAUUUUCUUGUAAGGGAAGUAUCCUGUUUUUACCCCUACAUACUUUGCAAAUCCUUAGUUUAAACAAAAUAUUAAGGCAGAUCAAAAUGCCAUCUUUUGUUCCAACCGAUUCUUUGCAUGGGUUAUUGUGGAAAUGUGUAAUAUCGUAUACUAUAGUUUAACAUAUUCAAUGUGUGUUUCCUAUUGAUAUUGUGGUUAGAUCGAUAAUAUGUCGAGUUGAGAUGUGUAAUAUUUGGGAAAGACAAUAGGAAAUAGAACAAGUGUGUUGCUCACAAGUUGCAAGAUGAAGUGCGAGCUUCUAAUUUAAUUCUUACUGCGACGAAUACCUUGUGCUGUUUGAUCAGCGUUGGUAUGUGUACAUGUUAUAUACAGUGUUUAGAAUGAGGAGUAGUCUGCCUAAUUCUGUGACCGAUGGCUGAUGAAUGCCAACAAAUUAUUGAAAAUUGUGUAGUCUGCGAACUUUAAACGAAGGAAAAACUAACUCUGAUCUUUAUUUAUACUGGAUAACUGGAUAGCUCUUUCAAUUCUAAACUGUUUUCCCUAAAGGUCCAAUAAGGGGAAUCUCAAUCUUGUUUGUACGAUGUUACUUUACAGGGAUGAUAUUAAGUGAUUCGCCAUCACCGGAAAAUGACUGAACGUUACACUGGAAUUUUUUUUCAAACUGAUCCUUACUAUGAAAAUAGUAUGGAUCUUAGUUGAAAAUAGCAUGGAAAUCCAAUUUCAUACUAAUUGCAAUUUCCACACUAUGGAUUUAGUCAGGGAUGGAUCCAGCAUGAUCUGGUAGGGGGUGCAAAUUUUUUUAGGGGACCCUAUUUAAAAAAAUUUUCCGGAAAAGUUUUUUUGGAAAGCAACGACCUCUCGACAACUUUUUAGGCAAAAGCUAAAUGAUGCACUUUACCCGUCCAUCAACUUGCUCCACUACUGCAAAGUCUUGCUUGACUACAGUAAUUUGAACUGUAAUUGUUGUUCACAGUUCGCUUAUCAUCAUGUUAUUACUCAAAUUACUGAAUCUCAUUUUGUCUCUAAUAAUUUUUUGCUUUAUCAUGAAAAAUAGCACCCCCCUGCACCCCCUGGCCAUGCCUAGGUGGGGGGGGGGGGGGCUGCGCACCCCCCUGCACCCCCCAGUAAAUCCAUCCCUGGAUUUAGUGAUGCAAUCGCAAAUUCCAUACUCUGGGCUGGUUGUCGAUUUGAAUGCCACUUUGCUAAACAUAAGUAUAAAGUUUCAACCAUUUUCGUCCCCAGAGCCAUUUUCACUCGGUCACUCGUUGAAAAUUAGGCUCUGGGUAAUUCUGGGUUAGACGACUAAAGGGAGAGAUCUGAUUGGCUUCUCAGAGAACUGCUAUUUCCCAGAAGUUGAACAAUUUUCGCUAGGAAAACUUUUUCUAUCAAAAUAUGUCAACACAAAUACUUCGUUUCUUCGUAAUACCACAGUGAACAGAAUGAGACAUUCUAUUAAUUAACUGUGGUAAUACUUGCCUGUGAAAAUUGCGCGGCCAUAAGGCCCUGGGAACGAGGAUGGAAGAAAACAGAAAGAAACGAUUAAUUCUGAAUACAGCAAAUUGGAUUUGUUGUCUCUUGCUAGUCCCAGGCCUUUUACUCACCGUCAAAUCAACCGUGGGAACCGGUUGAUCUAUAUACAUAGCUAUGACUGGACAGAAUUAUGGCGCCUGUGGCGCUUUAAUGACGUCAUAUUUGAAGUGGGUAGACCACCCACUGAGGAAUUUCAUAUGCAGCAAAAAUCUCGAGUGUUCAAGUAAGUUGCCAAAAAACACAAAUAAUAUAUAGACGUGGGCUUGGAAUUUCAUUUGUAAUGCCAAUGGCUUUGUUUUCCUCACUCUUGAUGUUUCGGUUAUUUCCAUAGAAAUGAACUCGUGACCACAGCCACAGGUUCGUCAUUUCUGCCGGAGGAGCUGUAGUUGCAUUCUUUUCAUCUGCCCCUGCACCGAGUUCCAAAAUAUGUAUAUCUUUCCGCUCGAUCCACAAAAACUAUUAAAACUAUUUUCUGUGACAAUCUUUCUGACAAAUAGUUUGCUCAUGUGGAUGAGACGGCAAAUAAUUGCAGCUUUGAACAGCGGUAACUCGCACAAAAGCAUUGAUAGGCGUACGGACAGGGGGAGGCAACUGCCCAAAAAAAUCUUUGAAAAACCAUGGAAAUUCAGGCAGAUUUAGAAAAUAUGUUAAAUUCUGGUCAAAACUAUCAAAGAUUUACGUUAUGACAGUUAAAGUAGAAAGUUAUUAAAUUUCUGUUAAUAAUCCUCCUAUCUUUUAUGGUUUUUCAGAAUUGAAACGAAGUGUAAAUGUGUUAAUAUUUUAGUCUUUUCUCUGGAAAAGUUAUAUCGAAAUGCUUGGCUAUGCAUGUAAAAAAUUCGCGCGGCUCCCGUUAUGGGGGCAACGCGAGAAUUGAAAGCCAAUAUUCAAACAAAAAUAUGUAAUAGAUUAUCCGGAUGACGUUGGAAACGUCGAGUGUUUUCGUGAAUAUAUUUCCUGGAUUAAGUUUGUCGAGGAUUACUUGACUCUAAAGACAUUCACUCUUGCUAUUCGUUUGCUGUUUAUAUUGUAAUCUUGCCAAAGUAAUACGGAAGUAAUGCAAUUUAAUGUGACAACAGUUCGCACUUGAAAUUGUCAAAGAAAAUCGCAUGACCUUGAAAGCUCUCGAUUCGGGGAUUUUCGCAAUACGUAGAUUGGCAUAACUAUGACUGGAUUUCACCGUAAGUUCUUUUGUUUUCAUAUCUUUAACCAAGCUGCGAUACUGACUUGUGCGUUUCUGCCCUUCUAAUUUAUCUUUUAUAUUUUUUUGAAACGAGUAUCACUGACAUGAUUGUAUACGGGUGAUUAUUUCGACUCGACGCCAUUACCUCAGCCAAAAUAUUGUCUAAAUCGCAGUCGCCCAAACCACUGAUUUGCCAAACUAAAUUCUCAUAGUCUGUUAAUAUAUGCCCAUCUGGGAAACACACUGUGUGGGAUCUGCAUGUCCUUUAUACAUGAGAUCUGGGUGAGACUGCAUAACUUGUUUCCCACCAAUUUUCACCCGCCCGAAGUUUUAAUUUCGCCUCUCUAAUUAGAACGAGUCCGCCCGGCUAGGUGAGAUCGCACCUUGUGCUAGGUGGGAUCUCGGUCAAGUGGGAUAAAUUUUCCAUAUGAAGGGUUUAUCCCACCUUUAAACCGGGAUGGAAAUUGAGUAUAUUUUCUUUAUUGAACGGCAUAGUUGCUUAAACAGAUACCACAGAAACAUUGAUAAACUUAAACAGAUAUUACUUAAGUUAGGCUGGAAAACACUGGAUGAAAGGCGACAAAAUCUCACGGAGAAUAAUGUUAUGAAUGAUGAUUGUCCAGAGAUAAUAGCCAACCGUUUUGAAAAGUGCAAUAAUCUUAAUUAUAAUUUAAGAAGUAAUGGCAAAUUUCUAAGACUGUCAAAACCAAUUACGAACUCUAUGAAGAGAAGUUUUAUUUAUAUGAGGACUAAGACUUGGAAUCAGCAUCUAAAUGAUAAAUUGUAAAUGUUAUAAUUCUAUUUCAAUCUUUUUUACUUGUAAAUAUUACAUGGCCCUAUGAAAAUCAAUGUCAAUUGAUAGGUUACCGUGUAUAAAGAUAACUUAAUACAAAUACAAAGUCAUAAUACAAGGUAUACCGUUUAAUUACAACAAAAAAUAUUUCGAAGAUGCCAUGUUUAUACGGUACAAUAGGUACAAUAUUUCAACCCACUGUCAGGUGGGAUAAAAACGUGGAGUCAUGUAUAAACACAGGAAGAACUGGCUCGUCCCACUCAGGCGCGUUUCCCGCCAAACCGUGUUCAUUGUGAACAUGAGACAGCAAAAUUGUUGGUUCAAGUCCCAUUCCCACUUCCCAGUACAUGGUCGAAAUCCCCACUGAAGAAAUAGGCAAUUCCCGCCUCCCAUUUUAUAUCCCUUUACAAUCCUCAUCGUAUAUAUGCUUUUACAAGGAUUAGCGAACAAUGGGAACAGUGUUUACAAUAUGGUAUAUAAACAUCAAAAUCUUCAGAUUGAAUAAAAAAAUGAUAAUCGUCUCAAGAAAUUGAUAAUAUUACUUAAGUUAUCAUCGGAACGUACAACACCUUCAGAUUUGACAAAAAAUAAUAAUGAUUAAUGUAUUAACAACUAUUAAACCGUUACUGGAAUGUUGGUUGUUGAAUUAUGUUGGAAUAUAUGGAACGUUAAUAUUGGGAAGUGGGUGUUAACAUUGUAUAACAUAUGGUUUUAGAAAUGCUAUAUUGUUCUAUCGCUAUUUUUGUAAUUUGGCUUUCCUGGUGGCGCCAUCUUGAGAGAACAUAUACGUAACAUUAACAUUCUUCUGUUACCAUUGGUGGUUAAUUGUCGAUUAAAACCUUCAUUUGUUUCAAUUAAAUUUCAAUAUUAACGUAAUUAGAACAAUUUUCUUAAUUGUUCUUGUUUGCAAAAUCCGAAACGCGCGUUGCACUUUUACGAAUACUAAGAAAAAGAGGAACGUUUGGCAUUUCCCCAAAUUUUAACAGAUAUGAACACGCGAUAACUCGUUUUUUGGCUUAUAUAUUGUAUGGUUGUGUUUCAAAAUCUAUGAAGUGCUAAGCCUGAAGAUGUCUAUACACGAUGUUGUAUUUCUGCAGCAAAAUACUCAGUAACUAGAGGAGUGUAUAUUUUUAAGUCAAGAGGAAUCGAUUUCAUGUUCUAUAGCUUGUAAGUGCCCUUGAAUAUUAUACAACAAAGAAUCGUGGGCAGAGUGGUCGAGAAUUAACCAGUUGAAAUUUGAAUUUAUAAUUUCAUACAUAAAGACGAAUAAAGAAUCUUUACGGAAGUGUGAUACUUGUUUUUUUUAUAUAUAUAUAAAACAAUGCAUGUAAGCUCACAGAUUAUCUCUAUUGUCUGUAGCUACAAGAAGUCACAACAUCAUUGUUAAUGUUGAAGUAUUUUCACCUGUAAAAUCGUAAGUGUCAGUUUACAGUUUAUCUUUAAGUUGUACAUGUUAAUACAAUGAGUGGCUCAAUUUUCAUUUGUGAUUGUUAAUCAAUUGUUUUGGUUGACAUCGAUUGCAGUGUAUCUAUAUUUAAAUGUUACCCGGUGCAACGUGUUUCGUGUACUUAUUAUACUGUUACUAUACAGACGCAAUGUCAGUAUUCUUAAUUAUAAUUAUGCUUAUGUGAUAACACUGCACUGUAUAUUCAAUUCUCACGUUAUUUCUAUAACAGUCCUCGCAAUCUUCGUUGGUAAAAUAUUGCCGUCGAUAGUUCAGCGGCAGUUCUACGGCUAUUUUUUGUCGCUUAAUGACAAUCUUCUUUCUCAAUACCUCGGAAAUAUAGAGGAUAUAUUGCACCGCCUGUGCGCACCAUCACUCUUCGUGAUACUUUGUUACACGACAUUGUUCUACAAUUGUUUGUAACGAUAUGAAAGCAAUGUCGUGUGCCGGCAGGACAAUGAGUGAAGAAUUCUAAAACGCGACUAAUAAGCGGAAUAAUAAAGAGAAAUCGACUCAAAAUUAACUUUCUCUUUUAAUAAAUAUAUAUACCCAGAUGUUUAUAAACACAGCAGUAAAGUUUAAUCAAUCGAAUCAAGAAGGUAUCUAGUGCAUUCAAAAAUCUUCCUCGAUUAAAAGCUGCCGUCGAUAAUUUCAUUUUCGCCGUCAUUGUCGGCGCCACUUGUCGUUUGCCGUCGAAGAGUGCGAGGACCAAGGUAAUGAUCAACGCUUGUCCGAAAACUGGGAUGACUAGCUUUGAAACAAUGCUCCUUGGCAACGAAAAGUUGUCAAUUGCUUGUCCGACACGAGCAAAUAAAACUUGUCAAGGAAAAUUUGCUCGUCUUUACAGGGCAUUAUCUCGCUGUUCAAUGUUACGAAUAUCUUCCAAAUAACUUUUGGUAAUUUACUGUGGCACAAGAGUCGACAAAGAGUUGAGGAAAACAUUGAUCAUAAUUCAUUGAUAAUUCAUAUAAUAAUGAAUAUAAUUCAUAUAAUAAUAAAUAUAUUAAUUGAUAAUUUAUAUAAAAAUAAAUAGGUUUUUCAACUUAUUUACUUCGAAAAACCUAUUUAUAUAUAUUAUGGCUAUGAAGGAUAAGUCAAUAAUGAAGUUAGCAGGCAAAUAUUGUUUCGACGUUUUGGCUGCUUUUGAUAGCCUGGUCUAAUUACUCACGUGUGCGUGUGUAUGCGUAACGACUUAUUUAGUUAUUUACCCAUGUAUUCUAUGUCCCAAUAUUGGGACUUUGUUUGAAUAAAUUAUUAUUAUUAUUAUUAUUAUAGUGCAACUUAUUAUCAUAUGAAACCUGUCAAAUGAUGCGAAUAGUCUCAGUCUAAAAAAGGAUAGAAAGUUAUAGCGACAGAGUAGAAAUCCAGUUGUGAUGCAUUAUUUGUUUCUUUCUGUGUUUGUGAAAGUUUUUGUUGAACAAAAUAAUGGCGUAGUCGUGAGAGCAAGCGCCUUCGUGACUCAUGUGAAAAGAGUCAGUCAACGCUCUGCCGAAAAUCGUGAGUUUUCUCCGGGUGCUCCGGUUUCCUACCACAGGGAAAGUAAACAGGGUUAGGUUAAACACAGCUAAGAAAGUAAUAUCACAAUUGUUGUAAAGAUAAAAAAUCUAGGCUGUAAUUUGUAGUUAGGUAAGCUUAUAAUACUUGAUGUCAAGCGCAUUUGAUAAUAUCCACAUCUACAUUUGCGCUAUAGAAAUGCUAAUCAUCAUCGUAUAUAGAUACAUAUUUAUUUGCCCACAAAACGAUAUAUAUGUACAAAGCAUAUGAGAAUAUAAUAAUAUAAAGGGCUAGGGACCUUUGGAAAUCCAGUUGGACUUUUACGUAAGGCCCCUAUAAAAGCAAUAUACUAUUUACAAACAGAAAUAAUUGUGAAAAGACAAGAGUAAUUUGCAAUAUUUACAUCAAUCAGAUACUAAAUAAUAUAAUUUUGCUUUUUUCUUAAAAGAGAGAUAUGAAUUAGUAUUUUUGAUAUCUUGAUUAAUACUAUUCCAUAGAGAGACGUCUUUGUUGAAGACAGUUUUUCGUAUAUGCACAUUAAUCAUUAUGUCUUACAUUUGACAACUAGUCUCACGCCCGUAUUCUAAAAGCUCACUCACACUCACACUCAAUGAGUGGAGGUUCAAUCUGAGCUUCUCUUGAGUGUCAUUGCUGUUUUUGAAUAGCUGGAGGGUGAGCAGUCACAUAGUAAACAGGGACCGCGGAGACGGGGGGCUGGGGGGGCUUUAGCCCCCCCACUUUUUUUGACAGCCAAAAUUAUUAAAAUAGAAAUCUAAAUGAAACUUUCUAAAUUAAUUAAUUGGGGGUUUUAUUGAUGAUUUAGCCCCCCCACUCUCUAAUACGCUCCGCGGGCCCUGGUAAGGUACGACACUAGCCCUCCAGCUAUUCAAAAACAGCAAUGACACUCGAGAGAAGCUCAGAUUGAACCUCUACUCAUUGAGUGUGAGUGAGCUUUUACAAUACGGGCGUCAGUCUUAGCUGAAGACACUAGACUCAGCCAAGUUCAUAUUACUGAAAUCGGGGAAGGGGCUUUCGCCAACUUAGCAUUUCCGCCAAUUUUCUUUGUAAUUUCAUUCAUCCAGCUAUUCUGACUUACAGUAUCUGACGCAUGCGCGUUACGGCACAUAUACUUUAUUCAUUUAAUCAAUACUUGCGGUGUGCUCUCACGCUGAAGCUAUGACGUCAUAGCACCUUGAAACAAUAAACAUUGAUUUAGUUAUUUAUGUUUAUAUUGUAUUUCUUUAAUCCCCUGUUUUGAUACACCCUAAACCUCUAUCUUAAAUGUAGAGACAACACCAAAGUCUGUUCCUUGAUGGAUUUAAACUUUCUGUGCGUUAAUCGACAUGCGUAGCUGUGAAAAAUGCUCGAUUACACGGAAUGCAACACUUAUUCCCAAGGGCCGUUGCUCUAAAUAGCUUAACAAUCAAGUUUAAACCAUAAGAUAUCUCAAAGUUGCACUGUCAAUUAGGUAAAAGCACGGUUAAUAGAAUAUACAUGGUUUGGAGAUGAAAGUACAAUAUAACUCAUUAACUAUGUUGGUUUCGGUUUAUGCAAGAAUUUGGUCCUAUCUCGUCACGUGUGUAUUGUAUUUUUUCCCGCACAACCAAUAGCAAUGUUUAAAUUGAGCAUUUGUUCAAGUUACGGAUGGAUAACUCAACCACAAACUUGUUAUUGGUUAUUUGAGCGAAAAUACAAUACACACGUGACGAGAUAGGACCAAAUUCUUGCAUAAAGCUGGACAAUAACAUAUAUAGUUAAUGAGUUAUAUUGUACUUUCAUCGAGUCUCCAAACCAUUUAUUAAAAUAACUGCGGUAAAAGGAAGUUUAAUUUUCUCCUAUACGUAAGUGCAUGAUUAUAUCUCAUAUAGCUUAAUUCCUGUUUCAAAGUAUAUUCUAUUGCCUAUUGUGCAAAAGGUCCGCAUUUGGCAAAUUCUUUGGUUAUCUUUGGAACCAUUUUUAUUGUACUCAAUAAUUGGACUUCUCGUUUGACCUUUAUACAACAAUUUUAAUGAGGACACAAGCACACGCCAGAUUUGCCAGUCACGUGACCUUGGUUAGCUGUUCUUAAUGCUUUUCCAACGCUAUCAUGUAUUCUAUUUAAGUUAAAACAUAGUUGAAAGACUCAGUAAAUGUAAUUUAGUUUAUCGAGUUUCUCACCCAUUGGUGAGCGGAUUUCCCAACAGGCUAUUGAAGGUACCUACGAUUUAACGUCCUUUUCCCGGAGAAGAAGUCUAACCAUUUACUUAUAUCAAUAUAAAGGUAGCCCUUUCUCCCCAAUUGUUUUAAGACCUUUAGUUGAGGUCCGACUAAGAAUUGAACCCGGGUCUCCUCCCAGCUUGAAAGACAAGCAUGGUGAUCACGACAUCACAAGUGCUGGUUUACUAAACCUAUAUUGUUAAUCUAGAGCUUGAAAUUUCCUUCAUAACAAUGUGCGAUUGCGAAUUUUCAUCAACUUUAGCUCAUCCUCGUUUUCCCUGGGUUUAACGGUCUAUCGAAUGCAGGAAGGGGCACUUCGAGCAAGCGAGCGUGUUGGUUAAGGGAUUAAAGAGCUCCUAUGUUUUAAAAAUAUGAGAACAAAGUACCGAUACUACCCCUUUAAAGCGUCGACAGACAAGUAUGGAAUAAAAAAUGACUAUUGAAGAGUCAAAUCACGUAGGUAAGCCAAACUAAGGCCAAGUUCAGACGUUGAACUUUUCCGAUGCAAAUGACAUGGCCUUGAAUCACCUAUAAGUUGAUUAGCUGUGCUUGGCAAAUUAGGAAUUUUGAACUUCCUGUGUGCAAAACGAACAGUUUUAUAUAUAAUGUGCAAUUGUAAUAAAUAUUUUAGAUAAUUAUUAGAUUUUUAGUUUAAUUGUAUACUAUAGCCCUAUAUAUCUAUAAUUCAGCCGAGGAGUUUUCCGAGGCUGCAAGUUUUAAAGUUUAUUCAACUUAUCAAAUCAUUAUAUCCUGAAUUGACCAGCACUUGUGGUGUCGUAGAACAUAUGAACUCAAGUAGGGAGUGGUGUUGUGGUCAUCAUUGCUUGCCUUUCAAGCUGGGAGACCCGCGCGGGUUAAAUCCUUGGUCGGACCUCUACUCGAGGAGAAAGUAUGCACAAUCAUGCUACUUUUACAUUGACAUUAAUACAUGGCUAGACUUUCACGUCUUCUUGGAUAAGGACGUUCGUAGGCACCUCGGAUCCCCUAUCAAUUGGGCAAUGGAAUGUUGAAGUUGGGAAACCCGUUCUUCAAUGAGUGAGAAACUCGAUACACUCAAAUUCUCACUGAAUAGUAUGCAACGUGUGCAAGGUGGAAAUAUAUUAUAGUUCAUUAAAAAAAAAGUGAAGUGGCUUCGGCCUCAUUUUCUGGUCUUCCUCACUUCCUUCCUUGACUGAAACUGGCAUAUGUUGUAUACAGUAAAAAAGCAUUCUUCAUGAAUAGCAGUUGCAUUCACUGUACAUUUCACACUGGAGAAAAAAUGUGAAAUCCAGACUAUGUAUACAGCAGGCAUUAAAAUAGCGUGUCCUUGUACACACUUUGUGUCCUUGUAAAAGGCGAAUGUGCCCUUGUAAAUUGAAAAGUGUGUACUUGAAAAUAUAUUAAACUGAAAAUAUAUUAAUGUAAUCCACGCAAAAUGGCCGAAGAUUUUGCAAAUUCUGUUCUCAGAACUCUGGAAAUGCCAUUUCAGAGACCCCCUUAAAAGCUCGCGUCUUCGACGCUAAACUUCUGGCUUCGCCACUCGUUCUCGUGUGUCUGCGCAUUUAUACCAAAAAUACGCCUCUGAAGGCAAAGUGUGUCCUUGUAAAAAUUCCGUAUUUUAAUGCCUGGUAUAUAGUUUGCAAUUGCAUACUCUAUCCAUAGUAUGGAAGACCUACACUGAUUAUUAUGGAUAAUCAAAAUCCAUUCUAUUUCCAAUGGAGGUCCAUACAAUUUCCAUUCUAUGGCCUUCUAUGAUUUUCAAAAAAAUUUCCAAUGUCAUGGAGUUGAGUUCAUCAAAAACGGUGACAAAAUAACACUAUUGGAUUUAAUUCAACUUAUUGAAAUUUACAGUGUUUGAGGUUCAUGCAUUCAAUUAACACGUUAGGCAGAAUAGGUUCUAUAUACCCUUGAUAUAAUUAUUUAAUUAAUAAAAAGCUUUCAUCCAGGCAAUUUAUGUUUCGCAUGGGUCCAAACUAUUGCGCCUAUUAACUCAUCAAUAAGCAACGUAAAUUACUAUUAAGAACUUGUCAAAAUCAUAGAACUUUGCGUGUGGCCAGGUUUUAAAUUCCAGCAGAAAAAAUAAACUUGUUAAAUGUUUGAAAUAUGUGUUUGGCAUUGAAAUUUGGCAUUACCCAUGGUAUCAUCGUAUUAUAAAAGAGUGUCUGGAAUUCAGGAAGACUUACAAUAUAGUCAUAGUUUCAACUUGCGAGAAGCAUCAUGCAGGAAAUGAAAAUGUGCCUGGCCCUCAUAUGCUCUCUAUAUAAUAAUUAAUAAAUCACACACAAUUUGAAACAGUGAAAAAGAUAUGUUUUUAAUAUGCUUGCAUGGUAUCACUUCUCAAACCAAGCAGAAGUUAUACAGAGAAAUCCAUGAAGCGAAAAUUGACUUAAUCUAUGGACAUUUAUUACGUGAGAGAGCUUUUUUCAAAAAGUUGGUUUAUAUCCAAAAUUAAUUGGUAGAAAAUUCUACGUUAGUUAAUUGAUUAUAAAAUGUAAUCUUCAACUGUACCGCGUAUGACAAUUAAAAUGACUUAAAAAGUUAAGCUUUAUUAAAUUGCCGCUUCUCAUGCAGUAAGUGUUAUACUGGGCAACAGAUGGUGCUCAAUUAAAGUCAGAACUUCUCAUUACUGCAAGAGCAAGCAAACGUUUUUGAAAUUUCGGAAUUCAAUAUUUAUUGGCCACACUAAUAGUUAGUUGCUGGUUUACCAUCGACUGGUGUUCAGUGAAACUCAUUAAUUGUAACAAUUGCAACAAUACGUUUAAUUAGUAACAAAUUACAACACAAAUUAAAACUGUAACUUUAACCAAAGCAUAUAUGACAAUUAAACGACUUAAUAUAUGCCUAAUCCAUUGAAUAUAGGCAUACCCUGAUGCUCUUAUUGUGACAUUUAUUGCAAUAAUACCUUCAGUUGGUCACAAAUUAUAACACAAAUUAAAACUGCAACUUUUGUUCGUGCAUGCUAUUUGAUUGUCACGCUUGGGACACCUAUGGCGUUAUUGCCUUCGGGUAGAUCUCAAUUCUCAGUGUUAAUUGGAAUGUGUUUGAAUUGUGAUAUUUUUUUAAUGAAUUAGUUCUUACUGGGAGGGGUAUUAGGUGAAAACUUUAAGUAUUAUUUACGUGCUGUUUGCUUUAAUAUAUUUACCCCCCAGAUUAGUUCAAUUAGUGGUGAUGAAAGCCGAUAUAAGAGAUAGCGCUAACAGCGUUGCCGUCCAAUGAAGGGUAGUGGGGUAUAUAAGAAGUCUGUGGUUGUAGUACACACUACAAGAGAUUGGCCAUUAGAGAGAAGACUCGUAAGAGGAAAAUAAGUUCACAAGGAGAAGAAAACACUGUCAUUGUUAAAUUAAGAAUCUGCAUAUUUUUUCUUGGAUUCUGUUUAUGGUACGUGUUAUGCUGCUUAUUCUAUUGUAUUUUAAUUCUUAAGUCUAUCAGUACUAACUUAGCGUACAUGCAAAGCUCGCGCUUUUAUUGUUAGACUCAGAAUCAACAAUUGCUAUAUAAACGAUUGCUUAUAUACUAUACGGUGGGUACCAACAGCAAGAUGUAUAGCAUACGACUAAAAAUGAUAAAUUGCUAAAGAACCAUGCAUGAAAAUUGUAAAAAGAUUACCCUUAUAUAGCAACCAUCUGGUGGAGAACGUAUAUAAAAAUAUUUCGGAGCCUUGUGAGUUAUCAUUGCCAUCUUCCCAAUAGUUGUUUUGUAUUUUCAAUUAUGCAAUUUUUAAAUGAUGUUCGGGAAAGUAUUGUACAGUAAAAAGGUGAACAAUCUACUGUUCAAGACUUUUGGAGAUUUGUCAAGCUUCUUUGGAGACAUAUAUCUCAGUUAUAUAGUGAAGGUUUAGUGCCCGAGAAAUGGGCUUGUAAGUUAGACUGUUUUGCCCACUUUUACUAAUCUUGAUGAUCUGAUAAAGAAAGUUCAAAACUGGCAAAAGGAAUGAGCGUUUAAUCAGUGUUUGUAAAUUUGACCAAAAGUGAAUCGUGGAAUCGUGCGGUAACUCGCUAUAUAAAUGCAUGCUUUUGUUGUUGUUAUCACAUUCUAUACACAUGAUCAAAACUCUCAAGUAUAGUUCCUGUUUACAAUCUCGUUUACUAAGCUGAGAACCGUAUGAUUUGAAGAUCUUUAUUCGCUUUCGUAAUAAGAUCAUGCGUAUAACACUCUCAUGUAAGGGGCGUGGCAAGGCUUAUAACAGUAGUAAGUUCUUUGUAAGAUAAGGAUGGCAUUUAUAUUACGCAAAGUUCGUCUAUUUGUUCGUAAACGUCUACGUUUUUACUCUUUCUUGUGAAAAUUGGACUGUGUUUUAGCAUAAAAACACUUUGGAUUGAUAGGGAUGCAUCUACUUGAAAAAUACAAGGAGAACUUCGACGUUUCGAGGCCCUUUGUCGCAGGAACUCAAUCCAUGGCUGUAUAUUUUGUGUUUUAAGUUGUUAAGCUCGUGUUUUAUAAAGCUAAUAUUACACUCCCAGCACGUCCGUAAUAUUAUUGGAUUGCUUAAAUUCCACUUGUCUUCGGAACUCCAAACUUGCUUUUUUAACCACGCUGGUUGCUUUAUACAAGCACUUAAUUAGAUUUUUUCGCUACCUUUCAAGUGCGAACACACUAGAUACACUUAUGGGUUUUUUUAUACUACUUGUUGUUGUUUUGUUGGGUCAAAACUGGUUAGAUAAACAAGAAUAGCUUGUUGCUCAUACUGUUAAAAUAUCGUUUGCCCAGUAGUUGGCUUGUGGCCAUUUGACCUCCAGAAAUGUUUUAUUCCGUGAGUUCAAUAACACGUUUCCUUCUCGCAAACAAAAUUGUCGUUUCUUAAUUAGUUUUCUUGUUAAAGGAAGUGGUCAUGCGUCGUUUAAUCGUUCGAACAUUGUAUUAACGUAGAAAAGGAUUAUCCUUUAAUUGUGUUGAAACUCCCACUAUCCCGUGUUGGACUCGCGUUGCACAGUGAGAUGCACGACCGCAAAAGGGGGACCGCAAUCGACAUGUUGUGAAUUCAAUCGUGUGCGCACGCUCUGACACAAGCACGAUGUAGCAAACAGGAAAGGUCUCAGCCAUUCGUUGCCCAAUUACGCACGAUUUUGCGAAGUCAUUGUUGACUCGCAGUUUGAUAUAAUAUUUAUAAUAUAAGGAUUAGCUUCUUGAUACAGGAUUAAUGUAAUUAUUUGUAAACAUAAAACAUAUGUUUGGAAGUUUCGGGAUCUUGUUGUUUGACUUCCGAAUUGUAAAAUGCACCCUUAUUAGGCUCCAUAGGCGUACGGGAGGGAAAAAUAGGGGGGCAGAAAUAAAUUUGCCCGAAUUUCUUGCAUUUUGCCCGACCAAUAAAAAUAUGCAUUUUCGAUUAUUAUCUUACAUAUUUCUUGCUCUUCAAUUUAUUUCCCCCAACUUUUUGUUGGACCAGUGAGCUCUAUAUAUACUGGAGCAAGAACUUGAGUCAUUCGGCCUAUGAGAAAAGUGAAGCCAAGAUGGCGGCCAUUGACGUCCAAUAGCUUUGAAGGUUGUAAACAGUUUUUAUACCAUUUUCCCAGCUAAUUCCAGUUUUGUCUAACGGACCGUAUCGCUAAACAAGUUAUCAGUUCAUAAAACCAUAGUGUCGGUCUUUAAAUCGAUGUCAAAAUACGAAAUUUCGGCAUACUCCUUGCCAAGUUAGUAGAAAUUGAAGGAGCUAUUGGGCGUCAGUUCCAGUCCCUUUCUAUUGUUUUUGUCCGCGCGGUUAACACGAAACUGGCUUCGCUUUUUGGACUCGAGUUCUCGCUCCAGAUAUAUAUGCAGCUCACUGGGUUAGAUAAACAAAAUUGGAUGAUAUUGGCCUCAUUUGAACGGGGCUUUAAUCUUAAAGAAAGCUGUGAAUUCAUAUAGUGAUACAACUACAUGAAAAUUACAAGGAAAACUUCAAGUUUUAAACUGUUUUUCAAGAGGUUUGGUUGAUAAAACUAUCAAUCCCAAAAGAAGAAUGAAAAAUUUAACUUAAAUGUAGGCCAAUCAAAGGCGAACUUAGGAAAAAAUUACCAUCAUGUUUGUAUCCACAUAUGCAAAAUUCUCGUGAGUUAAAAUUAAUUAUUUUUGAAUAAUUUCUCAGUAAAAUACAUAACACAACUGUUGAGAUCCUUACGGCUUACCAUUCACAAACUAUAUACACUCGGCUCAAGUUUGUAUACCUGAUACAACACAGCCUCUCGUGCUAUAUUACAUAAUAUUACAUUCUCUCCGCAUUUCUAAGCAGCGUACAGGAAACAGGUUUUUCUAACCAAUUCAAAGAAGCUUUAACAAUAAAGUGUUGAGCUGAUCCUUGAGUUGAGAAGUUUUUUUAUAUUGUACAUUGAUUUACUUCGUGCUUAUUAUUAUUACAAACAUUUUCCCACACUUAAUAUUCACAAAGUAUAUUAUUUUUUGUCGGUUUUCAUGCGCUGUUUUUAAUGUAAAUAUUUAUAUUUAUAAUCAGUUCCACGAAGGGGUCCUCAAUUCGACUGACCCAUUACCCAAUUUAACGUGGGAACUUUCGGUUUAAAUCAAUUUAGUCAAUGUACGUAAGUGGAAAAUAUUAAAUGACUGAUGCCAAUAUUGAACUGGCUACAGCUCCCUCCCGACCAGGAUUUUGCAAGCUCUUACAGAGAAAACCUGUAACGGAUUACAAAACGUUUCAAAAGAAUAUGUCGUUACAUUGUUAUAUGAUGCAUCAAUGCAUGUCAAGAGAGUAAUUCGUCCAAAUCAAAUUGAUUUUCGGAGCGACACGAUCCAAUUAUCGUUCUAAUCUUGCUCUUUCAAAGGGGCUAAUUAUGGAUGUUAAUCUCAUAAAGUUGCAAUAAGCCAUUAAAACGUCAAAAAAUUUGGAUUUAUACAAAAUCAUUUCCUAACAUCUUAUGACCUUGGUUGCAUAAUUUAAAAUUUAUUUCGCAACUAUAUUUUGACUAUUUCUGAUAUGACUUUCCAUUUGUAUUAUAGGCUAUUAGCCUAAAGUCAUAUAGGGUUACUUGGGAUUGAAGAUGUAAAUAGAUGGAUAUGACAUGAGAUUAUCAGAUUACAACCAAAGUGGUUGAGAGUAGUUAAUCUCGUCUUGCUGUUCCUUUCCGCCAUAUUAAGAAGAACAUGUAAUCAGCAUUCAAUUUUCUUAUAAACAAAUACUAAUUGCCAAUUAAGACUUAUUAUCCAAUUAUAUAUUUUUAACCAUCACGUUUCACAAUGUUCUGGAAGUAAAAAAUGAGACUAAUAAAUCAUAAAACAUCCUGAUUGACCAAAAAGGAUAAAUCCUCUAUAUAUAGGCUAAAGAGCACUCUUUAGGCCUGAUUCCACGAGCGCUUUUUCUCGGCGAAAUGCGAAAUAUUUCGCCUGUUUCUUUUGAAUUGCGACUACUCGAAUAAAUUAUUUCUACUUGAUUGAUCACAAUUCAAAAGAAACAGGCGAAAUAUUUCGCAUUUCGCCAAGAAAAAGCGCCCGUGGAAUCAGGCCUUUUUAAUUAAUUGGACCGGUGCUUCCACAUGAGUUUGACUUGUCGAGUUUGACACCACUGGUUUCAGAACGCAUGAAAAUUUUCAUUCGUUAUAUAGUUAACAGAGUAUAUGUUAUAAAGAAUAUAUGAAUGAUGCUUGUGAUGUUACUCUGAGUGUAUAUCCACACUGGGCAAGCUUGAAAAAUAUGCCUGGCCACGGUGGGAAUCGAACCUACGACCUUUGGAACACUAGCCCAAUGCUCUGCCAACUGAGCUACGCGGUCAGGUCGGUUCGAGUAUGUGAUAUUUUGGAACAGAAUCUAGUUCCUUCGACAUCAAUGUAGCUCAGUUGGCGAGCAUUGGGCUAGUGUUCCAAAGGUCGUAGGUUCGAUCCCCACCGUGGCCAGGCAUAUUUUUCAAGCUUGCCCGGUGUGGAUAUACACUCGGAGUAACAUCACACAAGCAUCUUAUUCACCUGAGUACGUUACACCAACACAGAAAAAAUCACAAUAUAUGAAAAUUUUCCAUUGAGCAAAGACGCUCAUAAUUGUAGUGCCUCCAUCUUUCCAUAUAGAAAUUCCAUCUGUUUUCUUUUGUUUCGCCAGUAAUGUUCCAGUUUUCAAUAAUAGAACCUACAUGCUAAUUUUGAAUAUUAUGAUCUUUAUUGCAAAUAGUUAAUCUGUGCAGGAGCACUCUCUGGCAACAGUGAUUUUCAGAGAGGUCCUGGAAAACGUUUACAUAUAUUCACAGAUUACAAUAAGGUGCUAAUUUUAAAAUAUAGAUUGCAAAGUCCUAAAUUCUAAUUUCAAAAUAUAGAUUCAUGUGUAGAUCUCCAGCCGAUAAUUUUGCUAAAAUAAAGGUUCAGCUAGAGAAUUGCGCUUAAGAGAUUAAACACUAUUUGAAUUUCUAACGUAUAGACUAAGGUUGUUCCAUUCCUUAACGGCCUGACACUUAAGCCUUUGCUUGCCCCAGUUUUGCUCAAAGGCACUUAAAGAUAGAGACAUCUGUGGUAUUUUAUGUUGUAAAUAGUACUUAAAUUGAACUAUAAUAUCAGCCCGGAAUUACGUCAGAAAGUGUCAGAAAAGUGUAUUGGGAAGGCAGAUUACGGCAUCAUAUAAUUAGUCAAUAGUUUUGGUAAUCAGAUAAAGUCUGAUAUAUCUCAAACUCAUUAAUAAUUCAUGAGUAAAUUAGCCAACCAUAUUGCUUUAUAUGUUGCUCACAUGAAUUACUGGAUACUUGGUGAAGUAUAUUGAUCCAAUCCUAGGACUGGGUCAAAAUUAAUUCACCUCACUUCCAGUCCUCGGCUUUGCCUUGGACUUGAUCAACUUGCGCGGACUUAAAAUCUAGUCCAGUCCUCAAUGGAGAGUUUUUUAUGUCGCUCCACUAUAUAUGCAGAAGAUGGUGGUCAACCCAUGCACGGUUAGAAAAUAAUGUUACUCCUGUUUAUUGAAUAUGUAAUCUUGUACGUUUACUUGCACCAUGCAACUAAAUGUCCACAACACCAGGAUACACUGUAGAAAACAUACAUUGACUUAAAAUAGCUCGGUCUUUUCCAAUUUUCAUACACAUAUCGCAUGCAAGUAGCACUGAACGUCACACUGAUUGAAAAGACUUUCUGCAAUUCCAAAAGCUGUUAUUCAAACUAAGUUCUUAUGCACUAUCUGCCAAUGUGAAUGAUCUACAUAGACAGCAGUCCAAACACUCUUCGAGUUAAAAUAGCUCUGUCUUUUCCAUAUAUACUGUAUAUAGCAACAUAGCAAUUGAGUAAGACUUUUUGUUAUUACAAAAGCUGUUAUAAUUCAUAACUAAGUUUUUACUACAGAUUUUAUAGUCCAAUCUUAUUCAAUAUCGACAUAUAGACAGCAGUCCAAAUACUCUUCGAGUUAAAAUAGCUGUGUCUUUCCCAUAUAUAGCAACAUAGCAAGCAAUGCUUAAUUGAAAAAGACUUGCAAUGCGGAGUCGAUUACAAUAAAUCACUGCGCGGCUUUUAAGCUUACAGGAAGAAUGCGUAAUUAAAGGGCAUGUUUUUCGCGAGUUAAAAUGCAUGGAAUGCGAUCAAAGAUUGAAAUGUUUUCUGGUUGCUUUAGAACUAACAAAUCUGCGGAUAAAUUAAUCAGUUUUUUGUUGGCAUUAGUUUCUCCUGGGAGAGCCGAAUUUUAGAAACAGUAGCAUGUUAAUAACUUGUGAGUAAAAAUAUCCUUUUAUAAUUGGGAUUUCAUCGUGUCUAUGGGAUUGGAUGUCAAUUAUUAUUCGCACCCAUAGUGAGCCACUGCAGGAAGCUAUUUAACUCAUUUGGCAUAUCACGAACGUAUUAGAUGCAUGAAAGCUUCCAGCUCCUCUCAGCUGUGUCUUAUCUUGAUCAAGGCUCCUGAAAUCAUUCCACACCUCAUUAUACCCGUUUUAACUGGUGAGUUACGAGUAGUACAGUAGUUUUCAUUGUAAUUGAUAUGGCAUUUGCGUUGCGUAUAUCAUCAAUCGUGAGGUGCAUAGCUAGUUCUUAACUAUUCUUCUGUCGCUUUGAAUCGCGUGCCAUAAUUAUCGCAUGUCAUUGUUCUGCUAUUGACCGUAUCUACAACAUUCUGUUGUGUAUAUUGAUGUGUUUUUACUCAUAUUUACAUAAUUUACUUCCAUAAUAGUAUUUACUAUAAGUUGGUUUUUUUAUCUGGGCCAUUUAGCGUGCCCUUUGGAACGCCUAUUGACUAGUGUAGAGCAGCGAUGAAAAAUAUGGAGUGCUUUUCUCAAAUAGGGUAUUAAAUUGUGCAGUUAUUAUAUAGAUAGAGACUAAAAUAGACUCAAUUCAGACAUGAAUAGACUUCGAAGCGGACGUGCCUGAAAUGAUUUGUAUCUAAUGGCAGGUGCUUAAAUGAUGAUAUUGUGCUUGCUAUAAAUAUAUGACCCCCAAUGCCAAACGACAGAGGAUCGUUUGCUGCAUAUAUAGAAAGUUAGGUUCUGGGAUAGAAUUUUGGAAACGUGGAAGGUCAGUUGCAUAUUUUUUAAAACUGUUAAAGCACCGUUUCAGGGCUACUAUAGUGUCUAGACCCUCUAAAGGUUCAUGAGUUUAAAUUUUCUUUCAUAUAAUUUGUUUCUAAUGGAAAAGAGUUUGUUUCUAUAGCCAAAUGUAUAUUAAGUUGUAAAAUGUGUAGCUCUAGUCUUAAUGCAAUUAGAACUAUUUUAAUUUGUUACAUUUUUUCAUUCACCACAAAAUGAAAAGUUUAAAUUUUUCCGCUGAGAUUUAGAGAGUUAAAUCGUGAAUGAGAAGUUUCCAUUCCGGCUUGUGAAAAAAAACAACAGAUCUUAAGAUUUUUUCAAAGAUGAGGAUUAAAAGUUUGGCCCCCAUAAUCUCAUUUGGCAAAUUUGUGUUAAAAGACAUGUUUCAUAGAAAAGUAUGGAUGUAUAUGUGUGUAAAGUGCAGAUGUACUAUAUAGCAUGAUAUACAAUCUUGUUUUCGUGAGGCAAAGGGAAGUCUUACAAAGAAAUCGGUUUUGGAUCAACCAAUUAGCCUUAUAGUUGCUUAUACGCAUUGGUCAGAGAGAGAUAGGCCUAUUUAUGUUGAUGAUAUAUUACUGACUAUUAGAAUUCGUGGCAGGACCAUUCUUGCUACUCUGUUGUAAUUCAAAACACCAUCAGUUUUAACGUACUUUGCAUGACAUGUGUCUUUGAAUGACACCUGGCCUGCAGUUGAACGAAUUCCGUUGGUCGAUUCACCAUUCUCUAAUGCAUUCUGGAAAUAUAAUAAAUAUGUCCUCGAAUUUCAGUUGUGGUUCUAUGACUUUUACUCAAGCUCUUAACAAAACCUCUUUGUUGCUAAAUGUAGUGAUCCCAUUUAAUUUUCAAAAUUAUCCUGGAGAUAUUUCAUUUGUUGACUUGACUUUUUCAAAACGAGCAAUUAAACUAUUUCCCGUCGAUAUUGAUCAAGUUCAAAUAUACAUAUAAGCAAUUCUAUAACUUCAGUAUUUUACUUUAUUGGCAUGCAAUGAAUUGUAAAACGCCAGGAUAUAUUUAUACUUCAUUUAGUUGUGUUUGGGAGAGUUAUGUUAACUAAAUGCAUGUCGAAUAAACGCAGUUUAAUAGCAUAAGGGAAGACAGAGGGGAAAAUAAAAAGAUGCGUGUGUGGCAUAAGCUUCGACAUAUAAGGCCACGCUUAUAUUUUUUGUUGGAUUACGGAUUUCCCGACCUACAUGCAUUUUUAGAAACCAAACUGAGAAAAGUGUAAAUGCCGCCCAUAAGUUUUUGUGCAUUGUUUUUUUUUCAUCCGGCCAUGUUUUAGAAAAUAUUAGUAAGAUCCGAGCAAGACAACCAAAAAUAUAAAAUAUGGGAAUUACACAAGUCAGGUAAAAGAGGAGAAACCAUUAGCGAUAUAUCGUUUCGAGGACUGGAGAUUUGUUUCAUUAAAGUUACCAUCUUCAGUCUUUUUAUUAUAUCUACUUUAUAAUAUAAUCAUAUUCUCUUAUACUCUUAUACAUGUACUUUGAGUAUACAUGACACUGUACCUGCAUGGUAUUAGACAAUUCAUUUAAUUUUUUGCCCUCCCGCCCUUUAAUGGUGCAUCAUAGUGAGCAAAAUCAAUAAUCUAACAAAAAAAAAUAGGUAAGCUUGGGCGAAGAAAACCUUUUCUAAUGCCCAGAGGCAGAGGUAAUAUUUUCUUUUGUAUUCCUAAUUCCUAUACUUAUCUUACUACAGUAAACCCGUUUUUAUAUUCCAGUUUGAAACUGGACAGACUAUAGAUAUGCAUAUAAGUGUUCCCAUAUGGAAAGCUGUCUGCAAUCUCGAAGUGUCCCAUUGAAGCCAGUGAUUAAUGUGGACAUAUGCGUUGUAAUAUCUUCAUUACGUAUUUAGUGUUGUGUCGUUACCUCUGUUGGGGCCCUAUAUAGAUGUCAAUGGUAAACGCUACGCUGAAAACACUAGCAAAAAUAGACUGGCAGUUUUUGCUGAGUACUGUCUAAUGGUAUUUCAUUAUUGACCAUUCUUAAUGGGACUAAUGCUUAAUAUCGAUUAGUUAUCAAAGUUUUGGCUGUAUGAAUGGGAACUAAAUGGAAAAAAGUUUGGUAAAAUUGGAAUCGGCAGUCGCUCGAUGACAAAUUAAUCUUGACUCUCGGCCAUUUUAUUUCAUCAUUCCUCUGUGGGGAAGCUGAUUGUAAUUGAUUCGGUAUUUCAAACGUUUGCUAUCAAUCGCGACGACGUGAGCAUUUUCACCACGCAUCAUGAUAGUUUUAGAUGUGAGUUCUGUAAUGAUUGAGGACGUUAGUUUAUCGAAAAAAAACAAUAUGCUGCGAUAUAUGGAUGUAUUUAUAAAGAGAUUUUCCUUUUUUUUUCAAAAACUGUAAUUUCACUAAUGCGUGCAAGCUGAGUAAUUGAUUGUCGUUACUGCGUUAUUUUUACUCCUUUGUCGAAGUUAUUUCUACUCUUUCAGUGGAGUUAAAUUGACUCCCCAGUGGAGUAAAAUUUGGAAUACGUGUUGGAGUAGAAUAGAUGUAACUCCUUCUUUGUAUUAUAUUCAAUUCCAAAAUUUUUACUCCCCCAAAGGGAGUAAUUUUAACUCCUACAGUGGACUCAUCCAAAUUAAAAGUGUACUAAAUAGAUUGUUAUGAUUGUAAGAUUUAUAUCAUACAACGCGGGAAGGAAAUAUCAAACACCUCAACACACCUUUGCUCGGUGUUUUAGUGCAUGGUUCAAACCACAAUGCCAUAAACUCCUCAUCAAGAUAUUGAUCACAGAAAAACUCUUUCAGAGUCGUUCUCAAGGGUCGUUUUGGCCCGAGAACAUGAAAAACGAGGCGUGCCAGACCUAUCCCACUUUUUUCAGGUCUGGGCGUGGCGGGGUUAUUACCAACAUCAUUCAUUACAUUUUUAUCAGUUUCGGCAUUUCCGUUAGCCAUGACCAUGUAUUCCAUAAGUGAUCGAGGGUACUGUCGCCUUGGCGUACGUAGCGCCGGAACAAGCCAUAAAUGGUCAAUAUAUUGUUGACUGGUGAUCUUAUUUUUUAGUUUUCACAAUCUUAAGAGGCGGAGAAUGUGUGGUGUUUAAUCACUCAAUAAUUGGGGGUUUUGAGACAGUAAUUUAAUAUAUAGAUUCUAUUCAAGAACAUAGACUUUUCAUUCAGUGGAUUAACUAUAUUAGGACUGUUUUCAUCAAUAAUACGAGCAAUAUACGAAGCUGACGGGUGAAUUAUGUGUGAUGUUGUUAGAUGAGUUGUGAAGUCCCCCGUACAGCUUCAGGUGGCAAAGUGGUUAGCGCAUGCGCAGUGGUUCGAUACCAGUAAUAUACUGUUAUCUGGUUAUAAUUUUUCCUCAGUUGCAUGUUGGAAGUUCGAGUUUGACUCUAUACCAAACACCACAUGUUUUGUCAGGAAACUCUGGAUUCCUCCUGUAGUGACAUUGAACCGCUAAAAGAUAUCGCUUAUUGGACCUCUUGGGAGAACAGUUUAGAAGUGAUAGAGCUAUAUCCAGGAUACAUAAAGUUAGAUUAAUUUAGUUUAAUAGAGAGGCUCAGAUUUAACUUCCACUACUGCUACCAUUAAGGGACCAUUAAUCAAUCAGGUGCAUUUGAAAUAUUUCGUAAAAAGUCAGCUAAUGGGGGAAGGAAACUUAUUUAAAGCGGCAAAUUUUAAUGACCAAGUUAUAAUUCAUAUUUAAUUGCUGUCGUAAUUAUAGUGCCUAAUUCGCGUGUCUAAAAUAAAUAUCCCUCCUACCUGAGUAACUUGUGCCGACGCAAAAUUGAAUACAUUUCAUUCUUCGGCAAUUUGUGUUCGGAUAUUAAUAGAGCUCGACGGGCAAGUGCUUCCGACGUACCUAGUUACUAGUAAAAUGCAAAUCAGUUAUUAGCUUGGCGUUUUGUAAUUCGGUAAAAACGCGCAGUGAGAUAUUAGUUGCCUUUCGGUAAUUUCUAUCCGCACAGAUAGACAUUGUUCGCGUAUAUUGUUCAAUUAAGCAAGAUAUAUGUCAGCGAGUCCCAAACAAAUUCAACCAGUAUGCUUACCCAAUCUAUGACCAUGUUCGUAACACGAGUUUAAUGAACUCAACACAAUAUACUCCUACGGUUUGAUUAUGGAGAUAUUGCCUAAUUUACUCACGUUUAUGCGCAGCUGUGAAGGAAAUUGUUGAAGUAUUAUUUAGCGCUAUUAUCAGUAGUGAAUUCUUUUGCCACGUUUUUGUUUAUUUCACAUAAUGGAUCGUGCGUGUGGUUAUUAUUCUACGCACUUCAGUUUCGAUGUAAUCCUCUUUGACUGAGCAGUUUUGACUGAGUAGUUUUGACUGAGCAGUGUUUUUGUUUUUGCUCCUUUGUAAACGACUUUCUGUUCAUCAUGUGCGUUGACCUUGCUCUUUGCGCGCAAAUGGACCUUGGCAUAUUCAUAGGCAGUGUAGGCAUACUAUACAUAUCAACACUAAACCGCUUAUACUGGAUACACCUGAACUGUUCUCGGAGCCAUAGGUUCAACAGACAUAUCCCUUAUUGGUACACUGUUACUAUAAAAGAGGGAAUUGGAAUACCCGCUGAAAUACUCCCGCACUCUACGGCUUCUCACAUGCAACUGAGGCGAAGUUAUGAUACAAAAAAUGCAUAUUGCUGAAAUUGAUCCUCGGAUGCAAACGUUAAAGGCACAGGAAAAUCUGAGCCCCCUGCAUCUGACAGAUCGAUCCACCUCUGAUUAUUUUUCUUAUUACGUGUUCGAGAAAUCUAUCACUCGGUUAACACUUAACCAUUUAAUCUUCGGGUGUUAAAAAAAGCAUCGCAGUAAGGGGUCUGAGAGGGGGUACUUUGACUGCAUAUAUUGCAAUAGCAUUUCCUGUUUAGAAUUCAUCAGCUCAUCAUUAUAUCGUCUAUUCAUCUCUAGGUCAAGCUAAGAUGGAGUUCAAUGUUAUCUUAUGUCUUCUCGCCUGUUUUGUUGCAACGACGCAAUCUCGUAGUCUGGCUAGGGAUUCGAGCGCGUUCGAUCCGCGAGACAGCGCACGGUUUAAAUCUUUCGAAGCAAAAUUCCUCCAAAUGCUCGGAAUGAAGGAAAAACCUCACGUCACGGGGAAAAUUGUUGUGCCUCAGUACAUGUUGGAUCUUUACAACAGUCGAGUGAAAGACCCCGAAUAUAUCUCCACUAAUUUGGUCUUCAAAGAUUUUGCAACUACAGCAAACACGGUUCGGUCUUUCUACCACAAAGGUAAGAACUUCUUCAUACCUCUUGUUUGUAUACAGCUACAUGUGAGUUUUCUUGCUGCAUAUCGACGGUUUAUAACUGCGUUUCACUAAACACUGUUUUGCAACAAAUGGUGUUCAAAUCGCAAUUAUCCGAAUGAGACGAUAAUAUUCUUCACAUUAUAAUGUUGUAGACUUGUAUAUGCAUGUUAGCUCGUAGUUGAUAACUUCCUUGCUCCUAUCAGUUUCAACAUUUCCGAAGUUGACAAGCACAUCUGCUGCGUUUCUGCUGCACUUCAAUAGAAAAUACUUGUCGAAAAAUACCGUCAAUAGAAAAUACUUGUCGAAAAAUACCACAUAGAAUCAGACGCUACACUUUUGUUUUUUGGCUAACCUCAAUGGAACAUGUGCAUUUAACACUCGGAAUUUUGUGCUAAUAAUAUAUUCGAACUUGGCAUUUAGAGUGGUAGUAAUCUGGAAAAAAGCGAAGGGAUUAGAUUAAAUAGAUUAAAUCGUGCGUGAAAUAUUUUUUCUAAAAAUCUUUCUUGUUAUUGCAGAAACACCGCAGGUCGGUAAUGUAAACAGAUACAAGAGAAGUGUGCGUCUCGAUAUUGGUGUCGUACCUUCGCAUGAAGAACUUGUAAAGGCCGAGUUUCGUGUGUACAACAACCGUUCUAGCGUCGACCCAGCUCUUGGCCAACAUGUUAUCAAUGUGUAUCAGAUUAUUGCCUCAGGUGAAAGAAAGCUGCUCGAUUCGAAAGUUGUGAAUGCUAGUACAAUUGGAUGGCAGAGCUACGAUGUCCUUCACGCUGCGCAACAUUGGCACAAAACUCCAGGAGAAAACCAUGGGUUGGAGAUGGAGAUAAUGACUGAAAAUGGGCACCCUAUUGAUAUAUCACAUUUGCACUUUGACAAACCACAUGAAAUGACCGAAGAACAAUGGCCCCAUCAACGACCAUUAUUCGCGCUAUAUUCGCGCGACCCCAAUACUCAUAUGCAUAAAAAGCGCGAACGACGCAGCGCUUCCACGGACUGGAGCAAAUAUACAGGAUUGUGUAAACGCUUUGAUCUGGUCGUAGACUUUAUACAACAUCUCAAAUGGAACUGGGUGCUUCAACCGACGAAAUACAACGCUUAUAUGUGCAAAGGAGAGUGUGUUUAUCCAAUUGCCAAUCACCUGAACACAACAAACCAUGGGAUUGUUCAAACGUUAGUUCAUAGUGUGCGAAGAUAUCGAGAUAAAGUGCCCCCUGCUUGCUGUGUGCCCACUGAAUUGGAAUCAACGAUGCUGCUAUUGAGUCGUGACCAGGGUACUAUUGAGAUAAAAGAUUACGCUGAGAUGCGCGUUAUUGGUUGUGGCUGCAGAUAGAUCUAGAAUUGUCCUCAACCUGAACCAUCACCAGCCGAUCUGGACCCUCCAGUGCGAGAAGUCAAGAACUGAUCCCGGAGCAUAAUAGCAAUGAACGAUUGAAAAAUUUUUAGUCGUGUCCGCAUCACAAGCUUAUUUUCACACAACCAAUCUGGUUUUGAGUUUUAUACUAUAAGCAUGUUUAUAUGAGGCCUGGGCGAAGUAAGGGCGAGAAAAAAUCUAAAUUGACACGAGAGAGCUUUGGAAAUUGUUUUAGUUUCUUAAAAACUUGAAAAUGUAAUUCAAAAUGUGGUUUCCCUUGUGCAUUAUCAGCGCUGUUUCAAAAUUAGACUCGUCCAAGAAAUUGCUUGCGCCUGCAUUCUUCCUGGAGGUUCAAUCUAUAGUUUUAAUCUGAGCAAUUUUUCAACUCGGUUUCAUAUAAACAGCAAGCAACUGGCACUUAUAUGUAACAUAUAUCCUGUAAGCAACGCUUGUGUUGUGACCACGACUUUUAUAAUGUAAACACCAAAAGACAUUAGGGAACACCCGUUAAGUAUGUGUCUAUAAAAAGGGACCAAAAAAUCAAACAUUAAUUUAUACUGUAUAAUUCAUUAGAACACUAUUAUUAUUAUAAAUUACAUAACCUUGUAUAGUGUAUAUUAAGACAUAUUUGUACAGCAUUUUGUAAUAUAAUUACGAUCUGAUUAUUGCGGUACUG